GUUUGACGUCAAGUUUGAGAUCAGGUUUGACGUCAAGUUUGAGGUCAGGUUUGACGUCAAGUUUGAGAUCAGGUUUGACGUCAAGUUUGAGGUCAGGUUUGACGUCAAGUUUGAGAUCAGGUUUGACGUCAAGUUUGAGAUCAGGUUUGACGUCAAGUUUGAGAUCAGGUUUGACGUCAAGUUUGAGGUCAGGUUUGACGUCAAGUUUGAGAUCAGGUUUGACGUCAAGUUUGAGAUCAGGUUUGACGUCAAGUUUGAGAUCAGGUUUGACGUCAAGUUUGAGGUCAGGUUUGACGUCAAGUUUGAGAUCAGGUUUGACGUCAAGUUUGAGGUCAGGUUUGACGUCAAGUUUGAGAUCAGGUUUGACGUCAAGUUUGAGAUCAGGUUUGACGUCAAGUUUGAGAUCAGGUUUGACGUCAAGUUUGAGAUCAGGUUUGACGUCAAGUUUGAGAUCAGGUUUGACGUCAAGUUUGAGAUCAGGUUUGACGUCAAGUUUGAGAUCAGGUUUGACGUCAAGUUUGAGGUCAGGUUUGACGUCAAGUUUGAGAUCCGGUUUGACGUCAAGUUUGAGGUCAGGUUUGACGUCAAGUUUGAGAUCCGGUUUGACGUCAAGUUUGAGGUCAGGUUUGACGUCAAGUUUGAGAUCAGGUUUGACGUCAAGUUUGAGGUCAGGUUUGACGUCAAGUUUGAGAUCAGGUUUGACGUCAAGUUUGAGAUCAGGUUUGACGUCAAGUUUGAGGUCAGGUUUGACGUCAAGUUUGAGAUCAGGUUUGACGUCAAGUUUGAGAUCAGGUUUGACGUCAAGUUUGAGGUCAGGUUUGACGUCAAGUUUGAGGUCAGGUUUGACGUCAAGUUUGAGGUCAGGUUUGACGUCAAGUUUGAGAUCAGGUUUGACGUCAAGUUUGAGAUCAGGUUUGACGUCAAGUUUGAGGUCAGGUUUGACGUCAAGUUUGAGAUCAGGUUUGACGUCAAGUUUGAGAUCAGGUUUGACGUCAAGUUUGAGAUCAGGUUUGACGUCAAGUUUGAGGUCAGGUUUGACGUCAAGUUUGAGAUCAGGUUUGACGUCAAGUUUGAGAUCAGGUUUGACGUCAAGUUUGAGGUCAGGUUUGACGUCAAGUUUGAGAUCAGGUUUGACGUCAAGUUUGAGGUCAGGUUUGACGUCAAGUUUGAGAUCCGGUUUGACGUCAAGUUUGAGGUCAGGUUUGACGUCAAGUUUGAGAUCCGGUUUGACGUCAAGUUUGAGAUCAGGUUUGACGUCAAGUUUGAGAUCCGGUUUGACGUCAAGUUUGAGAUCAGGUUUGACGUCAAGUUUGAGAUCAGGUUUGACGUCAAGUUUGAGGUCAGGUUUGACGUCAAGUUUGAGAUCCGGUUUGACGUCAAGUUUGAGAUCAGGUUUGACGUCAAGUUUGAGAUCAGGUUUGACGUCAAGUUUGAGAUCAGGUUUGACGUCAAGUUUGAGGUCAGGUUUGACGUCAAGUUUGAGAUCCGGUUUGACGUCAAGUUUGAGAUCAGGUUUGACGUCAAGUUUGAGAUCAGGUUUGACGUCAAGUUUGAGGUCAGGUUUGACGUCAAGUUUGAGAUCAGGUUUGACGUCAAGUUUGAGAUCAGGUUUGACGUCAAGUUUGAGAUCAGGUUUGACGUCAAGUUUGAGAUCAGGUUUGACGUCAAGUUUGAGGUCAGGUUUGACGUCAAGUUUGAGAUCCGGUUUGACGUCAAGUUUGAGGUCAGGUUUGACGUCAAGUUUGAGAUCAGGUUUGACGUCAAGUUUGAGAUCAGGUUUGACGUCAAGUUUGAGAUCAGGUUUGACGUCAAGUUUGAGAUCAGGUUUGACGUCAAGUUUGAGAUCAGGUUUGACGUCAAGUUUGAGAUCAGGUUUGACGUCAAGUUUGAGAUCAGGUUUGACGUCAAGUUUGAGGUCAGGUUUGACGUCAAGUUUGAGAUCCGGUUUGACGUCAAGUUUGAGGUCAGGUUUGACGUCAAGUUUGAGAUCAGGUUUGACGUCAAGUUUGAGGUCAGGUUUGACGUCAAGUUUGAGAUCCGGUUUGACGUCAAGUUUGAGGUCAGGUUUGACGUCAAGUUUGAGAUCGGUUUGACGUCAAGUUUGAGGUUUGACGUCAAGUUUGAGAUCAGGUUUGACGUCAAGUUUGAGGUCAGGUUUGACGUCAAGUUUGAGGUCAGGUUUGACGUCAAGUUUGAGAUCAGGUUUGACGUCAAGUUUGAGAUCAGGUUUGACGUCAAGUUUGAGGUCAGGUUUGACGUCAAGUUUGAGGUCAGGUUUGACGUCAAGUUUGAGGUCAGGUUUGACGUCAAGUUUGAGAUCAGGUUUGACGUCAAGUUUGAGAUCAGGUUUGACGUCAAGUUUGAGAUCAGGUUUGACGUCAAGUUUGAGAUCAGGUUUGACGUCAAGUUUGAGGUCAGGUUUGACGUCAAGUUUGAGAUCCGGUUUGACGUCAAGUUUGAGGUCAGGUUUGACGUCAAGUUUGAGAUCAGGUUUGACGUCAAGUUUGAGGUCAGGUUUGACGUCAAGUUUGAGAUCCGGUUUGACGUCAAGUUUGAGAUCAGGUUUGACGUCAAGUUUGAGAUCAGGUUUGACGUCAAGUUUGAGGUCAGGUUUGACGUCAAGUUUGAGAUCAGGUUUGACGUCAAGUUUGAGGUCAGGUUUGACGUCAAGUUUGAGAUCAGGUUUGACGUCAAGUUUGAGAUCAGGUUUGACGUCAAGUUUGAGGUCAGGUUUGACGUCAAGUUUGAGGUCAGGUUUGACGUCAAGUUUGAGAUCAGGUUUGACGUCAAGUUUGAGAUCAGGUUUGACGUCAAGUUUGAGGUCAGGUUUGACGUCAAGUUUGAGGUCAGGUUUGACGUCAAGUUUGAGGUCAGGUUUGACGUCAAGUUUGAGAUCAGGUUUGACGUCAAGUUUGAGAUCAGGUUUGACGUCAAGUUUGAGAUCAGGUUUGACGUCAAGUUUGAGAUCAGGUUUGACGUCAAGUUUGAGAUCAGGUUUGACGUCAAGUUUGAGGUCAGGUUUGACGUCAAGUUUGAGAUCCGGUUUGACGUCAAGUUUGAGGUCAGGUUUGACGUCAAGUUUGAGAUCCGGUUUGACGUCAAGUUUGAGGUCAGGUUUGACGUCAAGUUUGAGAUCAGGUUUGACGUCAAGUUUGAGGUCAGGUUUGACGUCAAGUUUGAGAUCAGGUUUGACGUCAAGUUUGAGAUCAGGUUUGACGUCAAGUUUGAGAUCAGGUUUGACGUCAAGUUUGAGAUCAGGUUUGACGUCAAGUUUGAGAUCAGGUUUGACGUCAAGUUUGAGGUCAGGUUUGACGUCAAGUUUGAGAUCAGGUUUGACGUCAAGUUUGAGAUCAGGUUUGACGUCAAGUUUGAGAUCAGGUUUGACGUCAAGUUUGAGAUCAGGUUUGACGUCAAGUUUGAGAUCAGGUUUGACGUCAAGUUUGAGAUCCGGUUUGACGUCAAGUUUGAGGUCAGGUUUGACGUCAAGUUUGAGAUCCGGUUUGACGUCAAGUUUGAGGUCAGGUUUGACGUCAAGUUUGAGAUCCGGUUUGACGUCAAGUUUGAGGUCAGGUUUGACGUCAAGUUUGAGAUCCGGUUUGACGUCAAGUUUGAGGUCAGGUUUGACGUCAAGUUUGAGAUCAGGUUUGACGUCAAGUUUGAGAUCAGGUUUGACGUCAAGUUUGAGAUCAGGUUUGACGUCAAGUUUGAGGUCAGGUUUGACGUCAAGUUUGAGAUCAGGUUUGACGUCAAGUUUGAGAUCAGGUUUGACGUCAAGUUUGAGAUCAGGUUUGACGUCAAGUUUGAGAUCAGGUUUGACGUCAAGUUUGAGAUCAGGUUUGACGUCAAGUUUGAGAUCAGGUUUGACGUCAAGUUUGAGGUCAGGUUUGACGUCAAGUUUGAGGUCAGGUUUGACGUCAAGUUUGAGGUCAGGUUUGACGUCAAGUUUGAGAUCAGGUUUGACGUCAAGUUUGAGAUCAGGUUUGACGUCAAGUUUGAGAUCAGGUUUGACGUCAAGUUUGAGAUCAGGUUUGACGUCAAGUUUGAGAUCAGGUUUGACGUCAAGUUUGAGGUCAGGUUUGACGUCAAGUUUGAGAUCCGGUUUGACGUCAAGUUUGAGGUCAGGUUUGACGUCAAGUUUGAGAUCCGGUUUGACGUCAAGUUUGAGGUCAGGUUUGACGUCAAGUUUGAGAUCCGGUUUGACGUCAAGUUUGAGGUCAGGUUUGACGUCAAGUUUGAGAUCAGGUUUGACGUCAAGUUUGAGAUCAGGUUUGACGUCAAGUUUGAGAUCAGGUUUGACGUCAAGUUUGAGGUCAGGUUUGACGUCAAGUUUGAGGUCAGGUUUGACGUCAAGUUUGAGAUCAGGUUUGACGUCAAGUUUGAGAUCAGGUUUGACGUCAAGUUUGAGGUCAGGUUUGACGUCAAGUUUGAGAUCAGGUUUGACGUCAAGUUUGAGGUCAGGUUUGACGUCAAGUUUGAGAUCAGGUUUGACGUCAAGUUUGAGGUCAGGUUUGACGUCAAGUUUGAGAUCAGGUUUGACGUCAAGUUUGAGGUCAGGUUUGACGUCAAGUUUGAGAUCCGGUUUGACGUCAAGUUUGAGAUCCGGUUUGACGUCAAGUUUGAGAUCAGGUUUGACGUCAAGUUUGAGGUCAGGUUUGACGUCAAGUUUGAGAUCAGGUUUGACGUCAAGUUUGAGAUCAGGUUUGACGUCAAGUUUGAGGUCAGGUUUGACGUCAAGUUUGAGAUCAGGUUUGACGUCAAGUUUGAGAUCAGGUUUGACGUCAAGUUUGAGGUCAGGUUUGACGUCAAGUUUGAGGUCAGGUUUGACGUCAAGUUUGAGGUCAGGUUUGACGUCAAGUUUGAGAUCAGGUUUGACGUCAAGUUUGAGAUCAGGUUUGACGUCAAGUUUGAGAUCAGGUUUGACGUCAAGUUUGAGAUCAGGUUUGACGUCAAGUUUGAGAUCCGGUUUGACGUCAAGUUUGAGGUCAGGUUUGACGUCAAGUUUGAGAUCCGGUUUGACGUCAAGUUUGAGGUCAGGUUUGACGUCAAGUUUGAGAUCCGGUUUGACGUCAAGUUUGAGAUCAGGUUUGACGUCAAGUUUGAGAUCAGGUUUGACGUCAAGUUUGAGAUCAGGUUUGACGUCAAGUUUGAGAUCAGGUUUGACGUCAAGUUUGAGGUCAGGUUUGACGUCAAGUUUGAGAUCAGGUUUGACGUCAAGUUUGAGAUCAGGUUUGACGUCAAGUUUGAGAUCAGGUUUGACGUCAAGUUUGAGGUCAGGUUUGACGUCAAGUUUGAGAUCAGGUUUGACGUCAAGUUUGAGGUCAGGUUUGACGUCAAGUUUGAGAUCAGGUUUGACGUCAAGUUUGAGAUCAGGUUUGACGUCAAGUUUGAGAUCGGUUUGACGUCAAGUUUGAGGUUUGACGUCAAGUUUGAGAUCAGGUUUGACGUCAAGUUUGAGGUCAGGUUUGACGUCAAGUUUGAGGUCAGGUUUGACGUCAAGUUUGAGAUCAGGUUUGACGUCAAGUUUGAGAUCAGGUUUGACGUCAAGUUUGAGAUCAGGUUUGACGUCAAGUUUGAGAUCAGGUUUGACGUCAAGUUUGAGGUCAGGUUUGACGUCAAGUUUGAGAUCAGGUUUGACGUCAAGUUUGAGAUCAGGUUUGACGUCAAGUUUGAGAUCAGGUUUGACGUCAAGUUUGAGAUCAGGUUUGACGUCAAGUUUGAGAUCCGGUUUGACGUCAAGUUUGAGGUCAGGUUUGACGUCAAGUUUGAGAUCCGGUUUGACGUCAAGUUUGAGGUCAGGUUUGACGUCAAGUUUGAGAUCCGGUUUGACGUCAAGUUUGAGGUCAGGUUUGACGUCAAGUUUGAGAUCAGGUUUGACGUCAAGUUUGAGGUCAGGUUUGACGUCAAGUUUGAGAUCAGGUUUGACGUCAAGUUUGAGGUCAGGUUUGACGUCAAGUUUGAGGUCAGGUUUGACGUCAAGUUUGAGAUCAGGUUUGACGUCAAGUUUGAGAUCAGGUUUGACGUCAAGUUUGAGGUCAGGUUUGACGUCAAGUUUGAGGUCAGGUUUGACGUCAAGUUUGAGGUCAGGUUUGACGUCAAGUUUGAGAUCAGGUUUGACGUCAAGUUUGAGAUCAGGUUUGACGUCAAGUUUGAGAUCAGGUUUGACGUCAAGUUUGAGAUCAGGUUUGACGUCAAGUUUGAGAUCAGGUUUGACGUCAAGUUUGAGGUCAGGUUUGACGUCAAGUUUGAGAUCAGGUUUGACGUCAAGUUUGAGGUCAGGUUUGACGUCAAGUUUGAGAUCAGGUUUGACGUCAAGUUUGAGAUCAGGUUUGACGUCAAGUUUGAGGUCAGGUUUGACGUCAAGUUUGAGAUCAGGUUUGACGUCAAGUUUGAGAUCAGGUUUGACGUCAAGUUUGAGAUCAGGUUUGACGUCAAGUUUGAGGUCAGGUUUGACGUCAAGUUUGAGAUCAGGUUUGACGUCAAGUUUGAGAUCAGGUUUGACGUCAAGUUUGAGAUCAGGUUUGACGUCAAGUUUGAGGUCAGGUUUGACGUCAAGUUUGAGGUCAGGUUUGACGUCAAGUUUGAGAUCAGGUUUGACGUCAAGUUUGAGAUCAGGUUUGACGUCAAGUUUGAGAUCAGGUUUGACGUCAAGUUUGAGGUCAGGUUUGACGUCAAGUUUGAGAUCAGGUUUGACGUCAAGUUUGAGAUCAGGUUUGACGUCAAGUUUGAGGUCAGGUUUGACGUCAAGUUUGAGAUCAGGUUUGACGUCAAGUUUGAGGUCAGGUUUGACGUCAAGUUUGAGGUCAGGUUUGACGUCAAGUUUGAGAUCAGGUUUGACGUCAAGUUUGAGAUCAGGUUUGACGUCAAGUUUGAGGUCAGGUUUGACGUCAAGUUUGAGGUCAGGUUUGACGUCAAGUUUGAGGUCAGGUUUGACGUCAAGUUUGAGAUCAGGUUUGACGUCAAGUUUGAGAUCAGGUUUGACGUCAAGUUUGAGAUCAGGUUUGACGUCAAGUUUGAGAUCAGGUUUGACGUCAAGUUUGAGAUCCGGUUUGACGUCAAGUUUGAGGUCAGGUUUGACGUCAAGUUUGAGAUCCGGUUUGACGUCAAGUUUGAGGUCAGGUUUGACGUCAAGUUUGAGAUCCGGUUUGACGUCAAGUUUGAGGUCAGGUUUGACGUCAAGUUUGAGAUCCGGUUUGACGUCAAGUUUGAGGUCAGGUUUGACGUCAAGUUUGAGAUCCGGUUUGACGUCAAGUUUGAGAUCAGGUUUGACGUCAAGUUUGAGAUCAGGUUUGACGUCAAGUUUGAGGUCAGGUUUGACGUCAAGUUUGAGAUCAGGUUUGACGUCAAGUUUGAGAUCAGGUUUGACGUCAAGUUUGAGAUCAGGUUUGACGUCAAGUUUGAGGUCAGGUUUGACGUCAAGUUUGAGAUCAGGUUUGACGUCAAGUUUGAGGUCAGGUUUGACGUCAAGUUUGAGAUCAGGUUUGACGUCAAGUUUGAGGUCAGGUUUGACGUCAAGUUUGAGAUCAGGUUUGACGUCAAGUUUGAGAUCAGGUUUGACGUCAAGUUUGAGAUCCGGUUUGACGUCAAGUUUGAGAUCAGGUUUGACGUCAAGUUUGAGAUCCGGUUUGACGUCAAGUUUGAGGUCAGGUUUGACGUCAAGUUUGAGAUCCGGUUUGACGUCAAGUUUGAGGUCAGGUUUGACGUCAAGUUUGAGAUCCGGUUUGACGUCAAGUUUGAGGUCAGGUUUGACGUCAAGUUUGAGAUCCGGUUUGACGUCAAGUUUGAGGUCAGGUUUGACGUCAAGUUUGAGAUCCGGUUUGACGUCAAGUUUGAGAUCAGGUUUGACGUCAAGUUUGAGAUCAGGUUUGACGUCAAGUUUGAGGUCAGGUUUGACGUCAAGUUUGAGAUCAGGUUUGACGUCAAGUUUGAGAUCAGGUUUGACGUCAAGUUUGAGGUCAGGUUUGACGUCAAGUUUGAGGUCAGGUUUGACGUCAAGUUUGAGAUCAGGUUUGACGUCAAGUUUGAGGUCAGGUUUGACGUCAAGUUUGAGGUCAGGUUUGACGUCAAGUUUGAGAUCAGGUUUGACGUCAAGUUUGAGAUCAGGUUUGACGUCAAGUUUGAGGUCAGGUUUGACGUCAAGUUUGAGGUCAGGUUUGACGUCAAGUUUGAGGUCAGGUUUGACGUCAAGUUUGAGAUCAGGUUUGACGUCAAGUUUGAGGUCAGGUUUGACGUCAAGUUUGAGAUCAGGUUUGACGUCAAGUUUGAGAUCAGGUUUGACGUCAAGUUUGAGGUCAGGUUUGACGUCAAGUUUGAGAUCAGGUUUGACGUCAAGUUUGAGAUCAGGUUUGACGUCAAGUUUGAGAUCCGGUUUGACGUCAAGUUUGAGAUCAGGUUUGACGUCAAGUUUGAGAUCAGGUUUGACGUCAAGUUUGAGAUCAGGUUUGACGUCAAGUUUGAGAUCAGGUUUGACGUCAAGUUUGAGAUCAGGUUUGACGUCAAGUUUGAGGUCAGGUUUGACGUCAAGUUUGAGAUCAGGUUUGACGUCAAGUUUGAGAUCAGGUUUGACGUCAAGUUUGAGAUCAGGUUUGACGUCAAGUUUGAGAUCAGGUUUGACGUCAAGUUUGAGAUCAGGUUUGACGUCAAGUUUGAGAUCAGGUUUGACGUCAAGUUUGAGAUCAGGUUUGACGUCAAGUUUGAGGUCAGGUUUGACGUCAAGUUUGAGAUCAGGUUUGACGUCAAGUUUGAGAUCAGGUUUGACGUCAAGUUUGAGGUCAGGUUUGACGUCAAGUUUGAGAUCAGGUUUGACGUCAAGUUUGAGAUCAGGUUUGACGUCAAGUUUGAGAUCAGGUUUGACGUCAAGUUUGAGAUCAGGUUUGACGUCAAGUUUGAGGUCAGGUUUGACGUCAAGUUUGAGAUCAGGUUUGACGUCAAGUUUGAGAUCAGGUUUGACGUCAAGUUUGAGAUCAGGUUUGACGUCAAGUUUGAGAUCAGGUUUGACGUCAAGUUUGAGGUCAGGUUUGACGUCAAGUUUGAGAUCCGGUUUGACGUCAAGUUUGAGGUCAGGUUUGACGUCAAGUUUGAGAUCCGGUUUGACGUCAAGUUUGAGAUCAGGUUUGACGUCAAGUUUGAGAUCAGGUUUGACGUCAAGUUUGAGGUCAGGUUUGACGUCAAGUUUGAGAUCAGGUUUGACGUCAAGUUUGAGAUCAGGUUUGACGUCAAGUUUGAGGUCAGGUUUGACGUCAAGUUUGAGAUCAGGUUUGACGUCAAGUUUGAGAUCAGGUUUGACGUCAAGUUUGAGGUCAGGUUUGACGUCAAGUUUGAGAUCAGGUUUGACGUCAAGUUUGAGAUCAGGUUUGACGUCAAGUUUGAGGUCAGGUUUGACGUCAAGUUUGAGAUCAGGUUUGACGUCAAGUUUGAGAUCAGGUUUGACGUCAAGUUUGAGAUCAGGUUUGACGUCAAGUUUGAGAUCAGGUUUGACGUCAAGUUUGAGAUCAGGUUUGACGUCAAGUUUGAGAUCAGGUUUGACGUCAAGUUUGAGAUCAGGUUUGACGUCAAGUUUGAGGUCAGGUUUGACGUCAAGUUUGAGAUCAGGUUUGACGUCAAGUUUGAGGUCAGGUUUGACGUCAAGUUUGAGAUCAGGUUUGACGUCAAGUUUGAGAUCAGGUUUGACGUCAAGUUUGAGAUCAGGUUUGACGUCAAGUUUGAGAUCAGGUUUGACGUCAAGUUUGAGAUCAGGUUUGACGUCAAGUUUGAGAUCAGGUUUGACGUCAAGUUUGAGGUCAGGUUUGACGUCAAGUUUGAGAUCCGGUUUGACGUCAAGUUUGAGAUCCGGUUUGACGUCAAGUUUGAGAUCAGGUUUGACGUCAAGUUUGAGAUCAGGUUUGACGUCAAGUUUGAGGUCAGGUUUGACGUCAAGUUUGAGAUCAGGUUUGACGUCAAGUUUGAGAUCAGGUUUGACGUCAAGUUUGAGGUCAGGUUUGACGUCAAGUUUGAGAUCAGGUUUGACGUCAAGUUUGAGAUCAGGUUUGACGUCAAGUUUGAGGUCAGGUUUGACGUCAAGUUUGAGAUCAGGUUUGACGUCAAGUUUGAGAUCAGGUUUGACGUCAAGUUUGAGAUCAGGUUUGACGUCAAGUUUGAGAUCAGGUUUGACGUCAAGUUUGAGGUCAGGUUUGACGUCAAGUUUGAGAUCAGGUUUGACGUCAAGUUUGAGAUCCGGUUUGACGUCAAGUUUGAGAUCAGGUUUGACGUCAAGUUUGAGAUCCGGUUUGACGUCAAGUUUGAGGUCAGGUUUGACGUCAAGUUUGAGAUCCGGUUUGACGUCAAGUUUGAGGUCAGGUUUGACGUCAAGUUUGAGAUCCGGUUUGACGUCAAGUUUGAGGUCAGGUUUGACGUCAAGUUUGAGAUCCGGUUUGACGUCAAGUUUGAGGUCAGGUUUGACGUCAAGUUUGAGAUCAGGUUUGACGUCAAGUUUGAGAUCAGGUUUGACGUCAAGUUUGAGGUCAGGUUUGACGUCAAGUUUGAGAUCAGGUUUGACGUCAAGUUUGAGAUCAGGUUUGACGUCAAGUUUGAGAUCAGGUUUGACGUCAAGUUUGAGAUCAGGUUUGACGUCAAGUUUGAGGUCAGGUUUGACGUCAAGUUUGAGAUCAGGUUUGACGUCAAGUUUGAGAUCAGGUUUGACGUCAAGUUUGAGAUCAGGUUUGACGUCAAGUUUGAGAUCAGGUUUGACGUCAAGUUUGAGAUCAGGUUUGACGUCAAGUUUGAGGUCAGGUUUGACGUCAAGUUUGAGAUCAGGUUUGACGUCAAGUUUGAGGUCAGGUUUGACGUCAAGUUUGAGAUCAGGUUUGACGUCAAGUUUGAGAUCAGGUUUGACGUCAAGUUUGAGAUCAGGUUUGACGUCAAGUUUGAGAUCAGGUUUGACGUCAAGUUUGAGAUCAGGUUUGACGUCAAGUUUGAGAUCAGGUUUGACGUCAAGUUUGAGAUCAGGUUUGACGUCAAGUUUGAGAUCAGGUUUGACGUCAAGUUUGAGAUCAGGUUUGACGUCAAGUUUGAGGUCAGGUUUGACGUCAAGUUUGAGGUCAGGUUUGACGUCAAGUUUGAGGUCAGGUUUGACGUCAAGUUUGAGAUCAGGUUUGACGUCAAGUUUGAGAUCAGGUUUGACGUCAAGUUUGAGAUCAGGUUUGACGUCAAGUUUGAGGUCAGGUUUGACGUCAAGUUUGAGAUCAGGUUUGACGUCAAGUUUGAGAUCAGGUUUGACGUCAAGUUUGAGGUCAGGUUUGACGUCAAGUUUGAGAUCAGGUUUGACGUCAAGUUUGAGGUCAGGUUUGACGUCAAGUUUGAGGUCAGGUUUGACGUCAAGUUUGAGAUCAGGUUUGACGUCAAGUUUGAGAUCAGGUUUGACGUCAAGUUUGAGGUCAGGUUUGACGUCAAGUUUGAGAUCAGGUUUGACGUCAAGUUUGAGAUCAGGUUUGACGUCAAGUUUGAGAUCAGGUUUGACGUCAAGUUUGAGAUCAGGUUUGACGUCAAGUUUGAGAUCCGGUUUGACGUCAAGUUUGAGAUCAGGUUUGACGUCAAGUUUGAGAUCAGGUUUGACGUCAAGUUUGAGGUCAGGUUUGACGUCAAGUUUGAGAUCCGGUUUGACGUCAAGUUUGAGGUCAGGUUUGACGUCAAGUUUGAGAUCAGGUUUGACGUCAAGUUUGAGGUCAGGUUUGACGUCAAGUUUGAGAUCCGGUUUGACGUCAAGUUUGAGGUCAGGUUUGACGUCAAGUUUGAGAUCCGGUUUGACGUCAAGUUUGAGAUCAGGUUUGACGUCAAGUUUGAGAUCAGGUUUGACGUCAAGUUUGAGGUCAGGUUUGACGUCAAGUUUGAGAUCAGGUUUGACGUCAAGUUUGAGAUCAGGUUUGACGUCAAGUUUGAGGUCAGGUUUGACGUCAAGUUUGAGAUCAGGUUUGACGUCAAGUUUGAGAUCAGGUUUGACGUCAAGUUUGAGGUCAGGUUUGACGUCAAGUUUGAGGUCAGGUUUGACGUCAAGUUUGAGGUCAGGUUUGACGUCAAGUUUGAGAUCAGGUUUGACGUCAAGUUUGAGAUCAGGUUUGACGUCAAGUUUGAGAUCCGGUUUGACGUCAAGUUUGAGAUCAGGUUUGACGUCAAGUUUGAGAUCCGGUUUGACGUCAAGUUUGAGGUCAGGUUUGACGUCAAGUUUGAGAUCCGGUUUGACGUCAAGUUUGAGGUCAGGUUUGACGUCAAGUUUGAGAUCCGGUUUGACGUCAAGUUUGAGGUCAGGUUUGACGUCAAGUUUGAGAUCCGGUUUGACGUCAAGUUUGAGGUCAGGUUUGACGUCAAGUUUGAGAUCCGGUUUGACGUCAAGUUUGAGAUCAGGUUUGACGUCAAGUUUGAGAUCAGGUUUGACGUCAAGUUUGAGGUCAGGUUUGACGUCAAGUUUGAGAUCAGGUUUGACGUCAAGUUUGAGAUCAGGUUUGACGUCAAGUUUGAGGUCAGGUUUGACGUCAAGUUUGAGGUCAGGUUUGACGUCAAGUUUGAGAUCAGGUUUGACGUCAAGUUUGAGGUCAGGUUUGACGUCAAGUUUGAGGUCAGGUUUGACGUCAAGUUUGAGAUCAGGUUUGACGUCAAGUUUGAGAUCAGGUUUGACGUCAAGUUUGAGGUCAGGUUUGACGUCAAGUUUGAGAUCAGGUUUGACGUCAAGUUUGAGAUCAGGUUUGACGUCAAGUUUGAGAUCAGGUUUGACGUCAAGUUUGAGGUCAGGUUUGACGUCAAGUUUGAGAUCAGGUUUGACGUCAAGUUUGAGAUCAGGUUUGACGUCAAGUUUGAGGUCAGGUUUGACGUCAAGUUUGAGAUCAGGUUUGACGUCAAGUUUGAGAUCAGGUUUGACGUCAAGUUUGAGAUCCGGUUUGACGUCAAGUUUGAGAUCAGGUUUGACGUCAAGUUUGAGAUCCGGUUUGACGUCAAGUUUGAGAUCAGGUUUGACGUCAAGUUUGAGAUCAGGUUUGACGUCAAGUUUGAGAUCAGGUUUGACGUCAAGUUUGAGAUCAGGUUUGACGUCAAGUUUGAGAUCAGGUUUGACGUCAAGUUUGAGAUCAGGUUUGACGUCAAGUUUGAGAUCAGGUUUGACGUCAAGUUUGAGAUCAGGUUUGACGUCAAGUUUGAGAUCAGGUUUGACGUCAAGUUUGAGAUCAGGUUUGACGUCAAGUUUGAGAUCAGGUUUGACGUCAAGUUUGAGAUCAGGUUUGACGUCAAGUUUGAGAUCAGGUUUGACGUCAAGUUUGAGAUCAGGUUUGACGUCAAGUUUGAGAUCAGGUUUGACGUCAAGUUUGAGAUCAGGUUUGACGUCAAGUUUGAGGUCAGGUUUGACGUCAAGUUUGAGGUCAGGUUUGACGUCAAGUUUGAGAUCAGGUUUGACGUCAAGUUUGAGAUCAGGUUUGACGUCAAGUUUGAGAUCAGGUUUGACGUCAAGUUUGAGAUCAGGUUUGACGUCAAGUUUGAGGUCAGGUUUGACGUCAAGUUUGAGAUCAGGUUUGACGUCAAGUUUGAGAUCAGGUUUGACGUCAAGUUUGAGGUCAGGUUUGACGUCAAGUUUGAGAUCAGGUUUGACGUCAAGUUUGAGAUCAGGUUUGACGUCAAGUUUGAGAUCAGGUUUGACGUCAAGUUUGAGAUCAGGUUUGACGUCAAGUUUGAGAUCAGGUUUGACGUCAAGUUUGAGGUCAGGUUUGACGUCAAGUUUGAGGUCAGGUUUGACGUCAAGUUUGAGGUCAGGUUUGACGUCAAGUUUGAGAUCAGGUUUGACGUCAAGUUUGAGAUCAGGUUUGACGUCAAGUUUGAGAUCCGGUUUGACGUCAAGUUUGAGAUCAGGUUUGACGUCAAGUUUGAGAUCAGGUUUGACGUCAAGUUUGAGGUCAGGUUUGACGUCAAGUUUGAGAUCCGGUUUGACGUCAAGUUUGAGGUCAGGUUUGACGUCAAGUUUGAGAUCAGGUUUGACGUCAAGUUUGAGGUCAGGUUUGACGUCAAGUUUGAGAUCAGGUUUGACGUCAAGUUUGAGAUCAGGUUUGACGUCAAGUUUGAGAUCAGGUUUGACGUCAAGUUUGAGAUCAGGUUUGACGUCAAGUUUGAGAUCAGGUUUGACGUCAAGUUUGAGGUCAGGUUUGACGUCAAGUUUGAGAUCAGGUUUGACGUCAAGUUUGAGAUCAGGUUUGACGUCAAGUUUGAGAUCAGGUUUGACGUCAAGUUUGAGAUCAGGUUUGACGUCAAGUUUGAGGUCAGGUUUGACGUCAAGUUUGAGAUCAGGUUUGACGUCAAGUUUGAGAUCAGGUUUGACGUCAAGUUUGAGAUCAGGUUUGACGUCAAGUUUGAGAUCAGGUUUGACGUCAAGUUUGAGAUCAGGUUUGACGUCAAGUUUGAGAUCCGGUUUGACGUCAAGUUUGAGGUCAGGUUUGACGUCAAGUUUGAGAUCCGGUUUGACGUCAAGUUUGAGAUCAGGUUUGACGUCAAGUUUGAGAUCCGGUUUGACGUCAAGUUUGAGGUCAGGUUUGACGUCAAGUUUGAGAUCCGGUUUGACGUCAAGUUUGAGGUCAGGUUUGACGUCAAGUUUGAGAUCCGGUUUGACGUCAAGUUUGAGAUCAGGUUUGACGUCAAGUUUGAGAUCAGGUUUGACGUCAAGUUUGAGAUCAGGUUUGACGUCAAGUUUGAGAUCAGGUUUGACGUCAAGUUUGAGAUCAGGUUUGACGUCAAGUUUGAGAUCAGGUUUGACGUCAAGUUUGAGAUCAGGUUUGACGUCAAGUUUGAGAUCAGGUUUGACGUCAAGUUUGAGAUCAGGUUUGACGUCAAGUUUGAGGUCAGGUUUGACGUCAAGUUUGAGGUCAGGUUUGACGUCAAGUUUGAGGUCAGGUUUGACGUCAAGUUUGAGAUCAGGUUUGACGUCAAGUUUGAGAUCAGGUUUGACGUCAAGUUUGAGAUCAGGUUUGACGUCAAGUUUGAGAUCAGGUUUGACGUCAAGUUUGAGAUCAGGUUUGACGUCAAGUUUGAGGUCAGGUUUGACGUCAAGUUUGAGAUCAGGUUUGACGUCAAGUUUGAGAUCAGGUUUGACGUCAAGUUUGAGAUCAGGUUUGACGUCAAGUUUGAGAUCAGGUUUGACGUCAAGUUUGAGAUCAGGUUUGACGUCAAGUUUGAGAUCAGGUUUGACGUCAAGUUUGAGAUCAGGUUUGACGUCAAGUUUGAGAUCAGGUUUGACGUCAAGUUUGAGGUCAGGUUUGACGUCAAGUUUGAGGUCAGGUUUGACGUCAAGUUUGAGAUCAGGUUUGACGUCAAGUUUGAGAUCAGGUUUGACGUCAAGUUUGAGGUCAGGUUUGACGUCAAGUUUGAGGUCAGGUUUGACGUCAAGUUUGAGGUCAGGUUUGACGUCAAGUUUGAGAUCAGGUUUGACGUCAAGUUUGAGAUCAGGUUUGACGUCAAGUUUGAGAUCCGGUUUGACGUCAAGUUUGAGAUCAGGUUUGACGUCAAGUUUGAGAUCCGGUUUGACGUCAAGUUUGAGGUCAGGUUUGACGUCAAGUUUGAGAUCCGGUUUGACGUCAAGUUUGAGGUCAGGUUUGACGUCAAGUUUGAGAUCCGGUUUGACGUCAAGUUUGAGGUCAGGUUUGACGUCAAGUUUGAGAUCCGGUUUGACGUCAAGUUUGAGGUCAGGUUUGACGUCAAGUUUGAGAUCCGGUUUGACGUCAAGUUUGAGAUCAGGUUUGACGUCAAGUUUGAGAUCAGGUUUGACGUCAAGUUUGAGGUCAGGUUUGACGUCAAGUUUGAGAUCAGGUUUGACGUCAAGUUUGAGAUCAGGUUUGACGUCAAGUUUGAGGUCAGGUUUGACGUCAAGUUUGAGGUCAGGUUUGACGUCAAGUUUGAGAUCAGGUUUGACGUCAAGUUUGAGGUCAGGUUUGACGUCAAGUUUGAGGUCAGGUUUGACGUCAAGUUUGAGAUCAGGUUUGACGUCAAGUUUGAGAUCAGGUUUGACGUCAAGUUUGAGGUCAGGUUUGACGUCAAGUUUGAGGUCAGGUUUGACGUCAAGUUUGAGGUCAGGUUUGACGUCAAGUUUGAGAUCCGGUUUGACGUCAAGUUUGAGGUCAGGUUUGACGUCAAGUUUGAGAUCCGGUUUGACGUCAAGUUUGAGAUCAGGUUUGACGUCAAGUUUGAGGUCAGGUUUGACGUCAAGUUUGAGAUCCGGUUUGACGUCAAGUUUGAGAUCAGGUUUGACGUCAAGUUUGAGAUCCGGUUUGACGUCAAGUUUGAGAUCAGGUUUGACGUCAAGUUUGAGAUCCGGUUUGACGUCAAGUUUGAGGUCAGGUUUGACGUCAAGUUUGAGAUCCGGUUUGACGUCAAGUUUGAGAUCCGGUUUGACGUCAAGUUUGAGAUCAGGUUUGACGUCAAGUUUGAGAUCAGGUUUGACGUCAAGUUUGAGGUCAGGUUUGACGUCAAGUUUGAGAUCCGGUUUGACGUCAAGUUUGAGAUCAGGUUUGACGUCAAGUUUGAGAUCAGGUUUGACGUCAAGUUUGAGGUCAGGUUUGACGUCAAGUUUGAGAUCCGGUUUGACGUCAAGUUUGAGAUCAGGUUUGACGUCAAGUUUGAGAUCAGGUUUGACGUCAAGUUUGAGAUCAGGUUUGACGUCAAGUUUGAGAUCAGGUUUGACGUCAAGUUUGAGGUCAGGUUUGACGUCAAGUUUGAGAUCAGGUUUGACGUCAAGUUUGAGAUCAGGUUUGACGUCAAGUUUGAGGUCAGGUUUGACGUCAAGUUUGAGGUCAGGUUUGACGUCAAGUUUGAGAUCAGGUUUGACGUCAAGUUUGAGAUCAGGUUUGACGUCAAGUUUGAGAUCAGGUUUGACGUCAAGUUUGAGAUCAGGUUUGACGUCAAGUUUGAGGUCAGGUUUGACGUCAAGUUUGAGAUCAGGUUUGACGUCAAGUUUGAGAUCAGGUUUGACGUCAAGUUUGAGAUCAGGUUUGACGUCAAGUUUGAGAUCAGGUUUGACGUCAAGUUUGAGAUCAGGUUUGACGUCAAGUUUGAGGUCAGGUUUGACGUCAAGUUUGAGAUCAGGUUUGACGUCAAGUUUGAGGUCAGGUUUGACGUCAAGUUUGAGAUCAGGUUUGACGUCAAGUUUGAGGUCAGGUUUGACGUCAAGUUUGAGAUCCGGUUUGACGUCAAGUUUGAGGUCAGGUUUGACGUCAAGUUUGAGAUCAGGUUUGACGUCAAGUUUGAGAUCAGGUUUGACGUCAAGUUUGAGAUCAGGUUUGACGUCAAGUUUGAGGUCAGGUUUGACGUCAAGUUUGAGAUCAGGUUUGACGUCAAGUUUGAGAUCAGGUUUGACGUCAAGUUUGAGGUCAGGUUUGACGUCAAGUUUGAGAUCAGGUUUGACGUCAAGUUUGAGAUCAGGUUUGACGUCAAGUUUGAGGUCAGGUUUGACGUCAAGUUUGAGGUCAGGUUUGACGUCAAGUUUGAGAUCAGGUUUGACGUCAAGUUUGAGAUCAGGUUUGACGUCAAGUUUGAGGUCAGGUUUGACGUCAAGUUUGAGGUCAGGUUUGACGUCAAGUUUGAGGUCAGGUUUGACGUCAAGUUUGAGAUCAGGUUUGACGUCAAGUUUGAGGUCAGGUUUGACGUCAAGUUUGAGAUCAGGUUUGACGUCAAGUUUGAGAUCAGGUUUGACGUCAAGUUUGAGGUCAGGUUUGACGUCAAGUUUGAGAUCAGGUUUGACGUCAAGUUUGAGAUCAGGUUUGACGUCAAGUUUGAGAUCAGGUUUGACGUCAAGUUUGAGAUCAGGUUUGACGUCAAGUUUGAGAUCAGGUUUGACGUCAAGUUUGAGGUCAGGUUUGACGUCAAGUUUGAGAUCAGGUUUGACGUCAAGUUUGAGAUCAGGUUUGACGUCAAGUUUGAGAUCAGGUUUGACGUCAAGUUUGAGAUCAGGUUUGACGUCAAGUUUGAGAUCAGGUUUGACGUCAAGUUUGAGAUCAGGUUUGACGUCAAGUUUGAGAUCAGGUUUGACGUCAAGUUUGAGAUCAGGUUUGACGUCAAGUUUGAGAUCAGGUUUGACGUCAAGUUUGAGAUCAGGUUUGACGUCAAGUUUGAGAUCCGGUUUGACGUCAAGUUUGAGGUCAGGUUUGACGUCAAGUUUGAGAUCCGGUUUGACGUCAAGUUUGAGGUCAGGUUUGACGUCAAGUUUGAGAUCAGGUUUGACGUCAAGUUUGAGAUCAGGUUUGACGUCAAGUUUGAGGUCAGGUUUGACGUCAAGUUUGAGGUCAGGUUUGACGUCAAGUUUGAGAUCAGGUUUGACGUCAAGUUUGAGGUCAGGUUUGACGUCAAGUUUGAGGUCAGGUUUGACGUCAAGUUUGAGAUCAGGUUUGACGUCAAGUUUGAGAUCAGGUUUGACGUCAAGUUUGAGGUCAGGUUUGACGUCAAGUUUGAGGUCAGGUUUGACGUCAAGUUUGAGGUCAGGUUUGACGUCAAGUUUGAGAUCAGGUUUGACGUCAAGUUUGAGGUCAGGUUUGACGUCAAGUUUGAGAUCAGGUUUGACGUCAAGUUUGAGAUCAGGUUUGACGUCAAGUUUGAGGUCAGGUUUGACGUCAAGUUUGAGAUCAGGUUUGACGUCAAGUUUGAGAUCAGGUUUGACGUCAAGUUUGAGAUCCGGUUUGACGUCAAGUUUGAGGUCAGGUUUGACGUCAAGUUUGAGAUCCGGUUUGACGUCAAGUUUGAGGUCAGGUUUGACGUCAAGUUUGAGAUCCGGUUUGACGUCAAGUUUGAGAUCAGGUUUGACGUCAAGUUUGAGAUCAGGUUUGACGUCAAGUUUGAGGUCAGGUUUGACGUCAAGUUUGAGAUCAGGUUUGACGUCAAGUUUGAGAUCAGGUUUGACGUCAAGUUUGAGGUCAGGUUUGACGUCAAGUUUGAGGUCAGGUUUGACGUCAAGUUUGAGAUCAGGUUUGACGUCAAGUUUGAGAUCAGGUUUGACGUCAAGUUUGAGGUCAGGUUUGACGUCAAGUUUGAGAUCAGGUUUGACGUCAAGUUUGAGGUCAGGUUUGACGUCAAGUUUGAGAUCAGGUUUGACGUCAAGUUUGAGGUCAGGUUUGACGUCAAGUUUGAGAUCAGGUUUGACGUCAAGUUUGAGAUCAGGUUUGACGUCAAGUUUGAGGUCAGGUUUGACGUCAAGUUUGAGAUCCGGUUUGACGUCAAGUUUGAGAUCAGGUUUGACGUCAAGUUUGAGAUCAGGUUUGACGUCAAGUUUGAGAUCAGGUUUGACGUCAAGUUUGAGAUCAGGUUUGACGUCAAGUUUGAGGUCAGGUUUGACGUCAAGUUUGAGAUCAGGUUUGACGUCAAGUUUGAGAUCAGGUUUGACGUCAAGUUUGAGAUCAGGUUUGACGUCAAGUUUGAGAUCAGGUUUGACGUCAAGUUUGAGGUCAGGUUUGACGUCAAGUUUGAGAUCAGGUUUGACGUCAAGUUUGAGAUCAGGUUUGACGUCAAGUUUGAGAUCAGGUUUGACGUCAAGUUUGAGAUCAGGUUUGACGUCAAGUUUGAGAUCAGGUUUGACGUCAAGUUUGAGAUCAGGUUUGACGUCAAGUUUGAGGUCAGGUUUGACGUCAAGUUUGAGAUCAGGUUUGACGUCAAGUUUGAGAUCAGGUUUGACGUCAAGUUUGAGAUCAGGUUUGACGUCAAGUUUGAGGUCAGGUUUGACGUCAAGUUUGAGAUCAGGUUUGACGUCAAGUUUGAGAUCAGGUUUGACGUCAAGUUUGAGAUCAGGUUUGACGUCAAGUUUGAGAUCAGGUUUGACGUCAAGUUUGAGAUCAGGUUUGACGUCAAGUUUGAGAUCAGGUUUGACGUCAAGUUUGAGAUCAGGUUUGACGUCAAGUUUGAGAUCAGGUUUGACGUCAAGUUUGAGGUCAGGUUUGACGUCAAGUUUGAGGUCAGGUUUGACGUCAAGUUUGAGAUCAGGUUUGACGUCAAGUUUGAGAUCAGGUUUGACGUCAAGUUUGAGGUCAGGUUUGACGUCAAGUUUGAGGUCAGGUUUGACGUCAAGUUUGAGGUCAGGUUUGACGUCAAGUUUGAGAUCAGGUUUGACGUCAAGUUUGAGAUCAGGUUUGACGUCAAGUUUGAGAUCAGGUUUGACGUCAAGUUUGAGAUCAGGUUUGACGUCAAGUUUGAGAUCAGGUUUGACGUCAAGUUUGAGGUCAGGUUUGACGUCAAGUUUGAGAUCAGGUUUGACGUCAAGUUUGAGGUCAGGUUUGACGUCAAGUUUGAGAUCCGGUUUGACGUCAAGUUUGAGGUCAGGUUUGACGUCAAGUUUGAGAUCCGGUUUGACGUCAAGUUUGAGGUCAGGUUUGACGUCAAGUUUGAGAUCCGGUUUGACGUCAAGUUUGAGAUCAGGUUUGACGUCAAGUUUGAGAUCAGGUUUGACGUCAAGUUUGAGGUCAGGUUUGACGUCAAGUUUGAGAUCAGGUUUGACGUCAAGUUUGAGAUCAGGUUUGACGUCAAGUUUGAGAUCAGGUUUGACGUCAAGUUUGAGGUCAGGUUUGACGUCAAGUUUGAGAUCAGGUUUGACGUCAAGUUUGAGGUCAGGUUUGACGUCAAGUUUGAGAUCAGGUUUGACGUCAAGUUUGAGAUCAGGUUUGACGUCAAGUUUGAGAUCAGGUUUGACGUCAAGUUUGAGGUCAGGUUUGACGUCAAGUUUGAGGUCAGGUUUGACGUCAAGUUUGAGGUCAGGUUUGACGUCAAGUUUGAGAUCAGGUUUGACGUCAAGUUUGAGGUCAGGUUUGACGUCAAGUUUGAGAUCAGGUUUGACGUCAAGUUUGAGAUCCGGUUUGACGUCAAGUUUGAGGUCAGGUUUGACGUCAAGUUUGAGAUCCGGUUUGACGUCAAGUUUGAGAUCAGGUUUGACGUCAAGUUUGAGAUCAGGUUUGACGUCAAGUUUGAGAUCAGGUUUGACGUCAAGUUUGAGAUCAGGUUUGACGUCAAGUUUGAGAUCAGGUUUGACGUCAAGUUUGAGAUCAGGUUUGACGUCAAGUUUGAGAUCAGGUUUGACGUCAAGUUUGAGAUCAGGUUUGACGUCAAGUUUGAGGUCAGGUUUGACGUCAAGUUUGAGAUCAGGUUUGACGUCAAGUUUGAGAUCAGGUUUGACGUCAAGUUUGAGAUCAGGUUUGACGUCAAGUUUGAGGUCAGGUUUGACGUCAAGUUUGAGAUCAGGUUUGACGUCAAGUUUGAGAUCAGGUUUGACGUCAAGUUUGAGAUCAGGUUUGACGUCAAGUUUGAGAUCAGGUUUGACGUCAAGUUUGAGGUCAGGUUUGACGUCAAGUUUGAGAUCAGGUUUGACGUCAAGUUUGAGAUCAGGUUUGACGUCAAGUUUGAGGUCAGGUUUGACGUCAAGUUUGAGAUCAGGUUUGACGUCAAGUUUGAGAUCAGGUUUGACGUCAAGUUUGAGAUCAGGUUUGACGUCAAGUUUGAGGUCAGGUUUGACGUCAAGUUUGAGAUCAGGUUUGACGUCAAGUUUGAGAUCAGGUUUGACGUCAAGUUUGAGAUCAGGUUUGACGUCAAGUUUGAGAUCAGGUUUGACGUCAAGUUUGAGGUCAGGUUUGACGUCAAGUUUGAGGUCAGGUUUGACGUCAAGUUUGAGAUCAGGUUUGACGUCAAGUUUGAGAUCAGGUUUGACGUCAAGUUUGAGGUCAGGUUUGACGUCAAGUUUGAGGUCAGGUUUGACGUCAAGUUUGAGAUCAGGUUUGACGUCAAGUUUGAGAUCAGGUUUGACGUCAAGUUUGAGGUCAGGUUUGACGUCAAGUUUGAGAUCAGGUUUGACGUCAAGUUUGAGGUCAGGUUUGACGUCAAGUUUGAGAUCAGGUUUGACGUCAAGUUUGAGAUCAGGUUUGACGUCAAGUUUGAGAUCAGGUUUGACGUCAAGUUUGAGGUCAGGUUUGACGUCAAGUUUGAGAUCAGGUUUGACGUCAAGUUUGAGAUCAGGUUUGACGUCAAGUUUGAGAUCAGGUUUGACGUCAAGUUUGAGAUCAGGUUUGACGUCAAGUUUGAGAUCAGGUUUGACGUCAAGUUUGAGAUCAGGUUUGACGUCAAGUUUGAGAUCAGGUUUGACGUCAAGUUUGAGAUCAGGUUUGACGUCAAGUUUGAGAUCAGGUUUGACGUCAAGUUUGAGAUCCGGUUUGACGUCAAGUUUGAGAUCAGGUUUGACGUCAAGUUUGAGAUCCGGUUUGACGUCAAGUUUGAGGUCAGGUUUGACGUCAAGUUUGAGAUCCGGUUUGACGUCAAGUUUGAGGUCAGGUUUGACGUCAAGUUUGAGAUCAGGUUUGACGUCAAGUUUGAGGUCAGGUUUGACGUCAAGUUUGAGAUCCGGUUUGACGUCAAGUUUGAGAUCAGGUUUGACGUCAAGUUUGAGAUCAGGUUUGACGUCAAGUUUGAGGUCAGGUUUGACGUCAAGUUUGAGAUCAGGUUUGACGUCAAGUUUGAGAUCAGGUUUGACGUCAAGUUUGAGAUCAGGUUUGACGUCAAGUUUGAGGUCAGGUUUGACGUCAAGUUUGAGAUCAGGUUUGACGUCAAGUUUGAGGUCAGGUUUGACGUCAAGUUUGAGAUCAGGUUUGACGUCAAGUUUGAGAUCAGGUUUGACGUCAAGUUUGAGAUCAGGUUUGACGUCAAGUUUGAGGUCAGGUUUGACGUCAAGUUUGAGGUCAGGUUUGACGUCAAGUUUGAGGUCAGGUUUGACGUCAAGUUUGAGAUCCGGUUUGACGUCAAGUUUGAGGUCAGGUUUGACGUCAAGUUUGAGAUCCGGUUUGACGUCAAGUUUGAGAUCAGGUUUGACGUCAAGUUUGAGGUCAGGUUUGACGUCAAGUUUGAGAUCAGGUUUGACGUCAAGUUUGAGAUCAGGUUUGACGUCAAGUUUGAGAUCAGGUUUGACGUCAAGUUUGAGAUCAGGUUUGACGUCAAGUUUGAGAUCAGGUUUGACGUCAAGUUUGAGAUCAGGUUUGACGUCAAGUUUGAGAUCAGGUUUGACGUCAAGUUUGAGAUCAGGUUUGACGUCAAGUUUGAGAUCAGGUUUGACGUCAAGUUUGAGGUCAGGUUUGACGUCAAGUUUGAGAUCAGGUUUGACGUCAAGUUUGAGAUCAGGUUUGACGUCAAGUUUGAGGUCAGGUUUGACGUCAAGUUUGAGGUCAGGUUUGACGUCAAGUUUGAGGUCAGGUUUGACGUCAAGUUUGAGAUCAGGUUUGACGUCAAGUUUGAGAUCAGGUUUGACGUCAAGUUUGAGAUCAGGUUUGACGUCAAGUUUGAGAUCAGGUUUGACGUCAAGUUUGAGAUCAGGUUUGACGUCAAGUUUGAGGUCAGGUUUGACGUCAAGUUUGAGAUCAGGUUUGACGUCAAGUUUGAGGUCAGGUUUGACGUCAAGUUUGAGAUCAGGUUUGACGUCAAGUUUGAGGUCAGGUUUGACGUCAAGUUUGAGAUCAGGUUUGACGUCAAGUUUGAGAUCAGGUUUGACGUCAAGUUUGAGAUCAGGUUUGACGUCAAGUUUGAGAUCAGGUUUGACGUCAAGUUUGAGAUCCGGUUUGACGUCAAGUUUGAGGUCAGGUUUGACGUCAAGUUUGAGAUCAGGUUUGACGUCAAGUUUGAGAUCAGGUUUGACGUCAAGUUUGAGAUCAGGUUUGACGUCAAGUUUGAGAUCAGGUUUGACGUCAAGUUUGAGGUCAGGUUUGACGUCAAGUUUGAGAUCAGGUUUGACGUCAAGUUUGAGAUCAGGUUUGACGUCAAGUUUGAGAUCAGGUUUGACGUCAAGUUUGAGAUCAGGUUUGACGUCAAGUUUGAGAUCAGGUUUGACGUCAAGUUUGAGGUCAGGUUUGACGUCAAGUUUGAGAUCAGGUUUGACGUCAAGUUUGAGAUCAGGUUUGACGUCAAGUUUGAGAUCAGGUUUGACGUCAAGUUUGAGAUCAGGUUUGACGUCAAGUUUGAGGUCAGGUUUGACGUCAAGUUUGAGAUCAGGUUUGACGUCAAGUUUGAGAUCAGGUUUGACGUCAAGUUUGAGAUCAGGUUUGACGUCAAGUUUGAGGUCAGGUUUGACGUCAAGUUUGAGGUCAGGUUUGACGUCAAGUUUGAGAUCAGGUUUGACGUCAAGUUUGAGAUCAGGUUUGACGUCAAGUUUGAGGUCAGGUUUGACGUCAAGUUUGAGAUCAGGUUUGACGUCAAGUUUGAGGUCAGGUUUGACGUCAAGUUUGAGGUCAGGUUUGACGUCAAGUUUGAGGUCAGGUUUGACGUCAAGUUUGAGAUCAGGUUUGACGUCAAGUUUGAGAUCAGGUUUGACGUCAAGUUUGAGGUCAGGUUUGACGUCAAGUUUGAGAUCAGGUUUGACGUCAAGUUUGAGAUCAGGUUUGACGUCAAGUUUGAGAUCAGGUUUGACGUCAAGUUUGAGAUCAGGUUUGACGUCAAGUUUGAGGUCAGGUUUGACGUCAAGUUUGAGAUCAGGUUUGACGUCAAGUUUGAGAUCAGGUUUGACGUCAAGUUUGAGAUCAGGUUUGACGUCAAGUUUGAGAUCAGGUUUGACGUCAAGUUUGAGGUCAGGUUUGACGUCAAGUUUGAGAUCAGGUUUGACGUCAAGUUUGAGAUCAGGUUUGACGUCAAGUUUGAGAUCAGGUUUGACGUCAAGUUUGAGAUCAGGUUUGACGUCAAGUUUGAGGUCAGGUUUGACGUCAAGUUUGAGGUCAGGUUUGACGUCAAGUUUGAGGUCAGGUUUGACGUCAAGUUUGAGAUCAGGUUUGACGUCAAGUUUGAGAUCAGGUUUGACGUCAAGUUUGAGAUCAGGUUUGACGUCAAGUUUGAGGUCAGGUUUGACGUCAAGUUUGAGGUCAGGUUUGACGUCAAGUUUGAGAUCAGGUUUGACGUCAAGUUUGAGAUCAGGUUUGACGUCAAGUUUGAGAUCAGGUUUGACGUCAAGUUUGAGGUCAGGUUUGACGUCAAGUUUGAGAUCAGGUUUGACGUCAAGUUUGAGAUCAGGUUUGACGUCAAGUUUGAGGUCAGGUUUGACGUCAAGUUUGAGAUCAGGUUUGACGUCAAGUUUGAGGUCAGGUUUGACGUCAAGUUUGAGAUCAGGUUUGACGUCAAGUUUGAGGUCAGGUUUGACGUCAAGUUUGAGAUCAGGUUUGACGUCAAGUUUGAGGUCAGGUUUGACGUCAAGUUUGAGAUCAGGUUUGACGUCAAGUUUGAGAUCCGGUUUGACGUCAAGUUUGAGAUCAGGUUUGACGUCAAGUUUGAGAUCAGGUUUGACGUCAAGUUUGAGAUCAGGUUUGACGUCAAGUUUGAGAUCAGGUUUGACGUCAAGUUUGAGAUCAGGUUUGACGUCAAGUUUGAGAUCAGGUUUGACGUCAAGUUUGAGAUCAGGUUUGACGUCAAGUUUGAGAUCAGGUUUGACGUCAAGUUUGAGAUCAGGUUUGACGUCAAGUUUGAGGUCAGGUUUGACGUCAAGUUUGAGAUCAGGUUUGACGUCAAGUUUGAGAUCAGGUUUGACGUCAAGUUUGAGGUCAGGUUUGACGUCAAGUUUGAGGUCAGGUUUGACGUCAAGUUUGAGAUCAGGUUUGACGUCAAGUUUGAGGUCAGGUUUGACGUCAAGUUUGAGAUCAGGUUUGACGUCAAGUUUGAGAUCAGGUUUGACGUCAAGUUUGAGAUCAGGUUUGACGUCAAGUUUGAGGUCAGGUUUGACGUCAAGUUUGAGAUCAGGUUUGACGUCAAGUUUGAGAUCAGGUUUGACGUCAAGUUUGAGAUCAGGUUUGACGUCAAGUUUGAGAUCAGGUUUGACGUCAAGUUUGAGAUCAGGUUUGACGUCAAGUUUGAGAUCAGGUUUGACGUCAAGUUUGAGGUCAGGUUUGACGUCAAGUUUGAGGUCAGGUUUGACGUCAAGUUUGAGGUCAGGUUUGACGUCAAGUUUGAGAUCAGGUUUGACGUCAAGUUUGAGAUCAGGUUUGACGUCAAGUUUGAGAUCAGGUUUGACGUCAAGUUUGAGAUCAGGUUUGACGUCAAGUUUGAGAUCCGGUUUGACGUCAAGUUUGAGGUCAGGUUUGACGUCAAGUUUGAGAUCCGGUUUGACGUCAAGUUUGAGGUCAGGUUUGACGUCAAGUUUGAGAUCCGGUUUGACGUCAAGUUUGAGGUCAGGUUUGACGUCAAGUUUGAGAUCAGGUUUGACGUCAAGUUUGAGGUCAGGUUUGACGUCAAGUUUGAGAUCCGGUUUGACGUCAAGUUUGAGAUCAGGUUUGACGUCAAGUUUGAGAUCAGGUUUGACGUCAAGUUUGAGAUCAGGUUUGACGUCAAGUUUGAGAUCAGGUUUGACGUCAAGUUUGAGAUCAGGUUUGACGUCAAGUUUGAGGUCAGGUUUGACGUCAAGUUUGAGGUCAGGUUUGACGUCAAGUUUGAGAUCAGGUUUGACGUCAAGUUUGAGGUCAGGUUUGACGUCAAGUUUGAGGUCAGGUUUGACGUCAAGUUUGAGAUCAGGUUUGACGUCAAGUUUGAGAUCAGGUUUGACGUCAAGUUUGAGGUCAGGUUUGACGUCAAGUUUGAGGUCAGGUUUGACGUCAAGUUUGAGGUCAGGUUUGACGUCAAGUUUGAGAUCAGGUUUGACGUCAAGUUUGAGGUCAGGUUUGACGUCAAGUUUGAGAUCAGGUUUGACGUCAAGUUUGAGAUCAGGUUUGACGUCAAGUUUGAGGUCAGGUUUGACGUCAAGUUUGAGAUCAGGUUUGACGUCAAGUUUGAGAUCAGGUUUGACGUCAAGUUUGAGAUCAGGUUUGACGUCAAGUUUGAGAUCAGGUUUGACGUCAAGUUUGAGAUCAGGUUUGACGUCAAGUUUGAGGUCAGGUUUGACGUCAAGUUUGAGAUCAGGUUUGACGUCAAGUUUGAGAUCAGGUUUGACGUCAAGUUUGAGAUCAGGUUUGACGUCAAGUUUGAGAUCAGGUUUGACGUCAAGUUUGAGGUCAGGUUUGACGUCAAGUUUGAGAUCAGGUUUGACGUCAAGUUUGAGAUCAGGUUUGACGUCAAGUUUGAGAUCAGGUUUGACGUCAAGUUUGAGGUCAGGUUUGACGUCAAGUUUGAGGUCAGGUUUGACGUCAAGUUUGAGAUCAGGUUUGACGUCAAGUUUGAGAUCAGGUUUGACGUCAAGUUUGAGGUCAGGUUUGACGUCAAGUUUGAGAUCAGGUUUGACGUCAAGUUUGAGAUCAGGUUUGACGUCAAGUUUGAGAUCCGGUUUGACGUCAAGUUUGAGGUCAGGUUUGACGUCAAGUUUGAGAUCCGGUUUGACGUCAAGUUUGAGGUCAGGUUUGACGUCAAGUUUGAGAUCAGGUUUGACGUCAAGUUUGAGAUCAGGUUUGACGUCAAGUUUGAGAUCAGGUUUGACGUCAAGUUUGAGGUCAGGUUUGACGUCAAGUUUGAGGUCAGGUUUGACGUCAAGUUUGAGAUCAGGUUUGACGUCAAGUUUGAGAUCAGGUUUGACGUCAAGUUUGAGGUCAGGUUUGACGUCAAGUUUGAGAUCAGGUUUGACGUCAAGUUUGAGAUCAGGUUUGACGUCAAGUUUGAGGUCAGGUUUGACGUCAAGUUUGAGAUCAGGUUUGACGUCAAGUUUGAGAUCAGGUUUGACGUCAAGUUUGAGGUCAGGUUUGACGUCAAGUUUGAGAUCAGGUUUGACGUCAAGUUUGAGGUCAGGUUUGACGUCAAGUUUGAGAUCCGGUUUGACGUCAAGUUUGAGAUCAGGUUUGACGUCAAGUUUGAGGUCAGGUUUGACGUCAAGUUUGAGAUCCGGUUUGACGUCAAGUUUGAGAUCAGGUUUGACGUCAAGUUUGAGAUCCGGUUUGACGUCAAGUUUGAGAUCAGGUUUGACGUCAAGUUUGAGAUCCGGUUUGACGUCAAGUUUGAGGUCAGGUUUGACGUCAAGUUUGAGAUCCGGUUUGACGUCAAGUUUGAGAUCAGGUUUGACGUCAAGUUUGAGAUCCGGUUUGACGUCAAGUUUGAGAUCAGGUUUGACGUCAAGUUUGAGGUCAGGUUUGACGUCAAGUUUGAGAUCAGGUUUGACGUCAAGUUUGAGGUCAGGUUUGACGUCAAGUUUGAGAUCAGGUUUGACGUCAAGUUUGAGAUCAGGUUUGACGUCAAGUUUGAGGUCAGGUUUGACGUCAAGUUUGAGGUCAGGUUUGACGUCAAGUUUGAGAUCAGGUUUGACGUCAAGUUUGAGAUCAGGUUUGACGUCAAGUUUGAGAUCAGGUUUGACGUCAAGUUUGAGGUCAGGUUUGACGUCAAGUUUGAGGUCAGGUUUGACGUCAAGUUUGAGGUCAGGUUUGACGUCAAGUUUGAGAUCAGGUUUGACGUCAAGUUUGAGGUCAGGUUUGACGUCAAGUUUGAGAUCCGGUUUGACGUCAAGUUUGAGAUCAGGUUUGACGUCAAGUUUGAGAUCCGGUUUGACGUCAAGUUUGAGAUCAGGUUUGACGUCAAGUUUGAGAUCCGGUUUGACGUCAAGUUUGAGGUCAGGUUUGACGUCAAGUUUGAGAUCCGGUUUGACGUCAAGUUUGAGGUCAGGUUUGACGUCAAGUUUGAGAUCCGGUUUGACGUCAAGUUUGAGAUCAGGUUUGACGUCAAGUUUGAGAUCAGGUUUGACGUCAAGUUUGAGAUCAGGUUUGACGUCAAGUUUGAGAUCAGGUUUGACGUCAAGUUUGAGAUCAGGUUUGACGUCAAGUUUGAGAUCAGGUUUGACGUCAAGUUUGAGAUCAGGUUUGACGUCAAGUUUGAGGUCAGGUUUGACGUCAAGUUUGAGGUCAGGUUUGACGUCAAGUUUGAGAUCAGGUUUGACGUCAAGUUUGAGGUCAGGUUUGACGUCAAGUUUGAGGUCAGGUUUGACGUCAAGUUUGAGAUCAGGUUUGACGUCAAGUUUGAGAUCAGGUUUGACGUCAAGUUUGAGGUCAGGUUUGACGUCAAGUUUGAGGUCAGGUUUGACGUCAAGUUUGAGAUCAGGUUUGACGUCAAGUUUGAGAUCCGGUUUGACGUCAAGUUUGAGGUCAGGUUUGACGUCAAGUUUGAGAUCCGGUUUGACGUCAAGUUUGAGAUCAGGUUUGACGUCAAGUUUGAGAUCAGGUUUGACGUCAAGUUUGAGAUCAGGUUUGACGUCAAGUUUGAGAUCAGGUUUGACGUCAAGUUUGAGAUCAGGUUUGACGUCAAGUUUGAGAUCAGGUUUGACGUCAAGUUUGAGAUCAGGUUUGACGUCAAGUUUGAGAUCAGGUUUGACGUCAAGUUUGAGAUCAGGUUUGACGUCAAGUUUGAGAUCAGGUUUGACGUCAAGUUUGAGAUCAGGUUUGACGUCAAGUUUGAGAUCAGGUUUGACGUCAAGUUUGAGAUCAGGUUUGACGUCAAGUUUGAGAUCAGGUUUGACGUCAAGUUUGAGAUCAGGUUUGACGUCAAGUUUGAGGUCAGGUUUGACGUCAAGUUUGAGAUCAGGUUUGACGUCAAGUUUGAGAUCAGGUUUGACGUCAAGUUUGAGAUCAGGUUUGACGUCAAGUUUGAGAUCAGGUUUGACGUCAAGUUUGAGAUCAGGUUUGACGUCAAGUUUGAGAUCAGGUUUGACGUCAAGUUUGAGAUCAGGUUUGACGUCAAGUUUGAGAUCAGGUUUGACGUCAAGUUUGAGAUCAGGUUUGACGUCAAGUUUGAGAUCAGGUUUGACGUCAAGUUUGAGGUCAGGUUUGACGUCAAGUUUGAGAUCAGGUUUGACGUCAAGUUUGAGAUCAGGUUUGACGUCAAGUUUGAGAUCAGGUUUGACGUCAAGUUUGAGAUCAGGUUUGACGUCAAGUUUGAGAUCAGGUUUGACGUCAAGUUUGAGAUCAGGUUUGACGUCAAGUUUGAGAUCAGGUUUGACGUCAAGUUUGAGAUCAGGUUUGACGUCAAGUUUGAGAUCAGGUUUGACGUCAAGUUUGAGGUCAGGUUUGACGUCAAGUUUGAGAUCAGGUUUGACGUCAAGUUUGAGGUCAGGUUUGACGUCAAGUUUGAGAUCAGGUUUGACGUCAAGUUUGAGGUCAGGUUUGACGUCAAGUUUGAGAUCAGGUUUGACGUCAAGUUUGAGAUCAGGUUUGACGUCAAGUUUGAGAUCCGGUUUGACGUCAAGUUUGAGAUCAGGUUUGACGUCAAGUUUGAGAUCAGGUUUGACGUCAAGUUUGAGGUCAGGUUUGACGUCAAGUUUGAGAUCAGGUUUGACGUCAAGUUUGAGGUCAGGUUUGACGUCAAGUUUGAGAUCAGGUUUGACGUCAAGUUUGAGGUCAGGUUUGACGUCAAGUUUGAGAUCAGGUUUGACGUCAAGUUUGAGGUCAGGUUUGACGUCAAGUUUGAGAUCAGGUUUGACGUCAAGUUUGAGAUCAGGUUUGACGUCAAGUUUGAGAUCAGGUUUGACGUCAAGUUUGAGGUCAGGUUUGACGUCAAGUUUGAGAUCAGGUUUGACGUCAAGUUUGAGAUCAGGUUUGACGUCAAGUUUGAGGUCAGGUUUGACGUCAAGUUUGAGGUCAGGUUUGACGUCAAGUUUGAGAUCAGGUUUGACGUCAAGUUUGAGAUCAGGUUUGACGUCAAGUUUGAGGUCAGGUUUGACGUCAAGUUUGAGAUCAGGUUUGACGUCAAGUUUGAGAUCAGGUUUGACGUCAAGUUUGAGGUCAGGUUUGACGUCAAGUUUGAGGUCAGGUUUGACGUCAAGUUUGAGAUCAGGUUUGACGUCAAGUUUGAGAUCCGGUUUGACGUCAAGUUUGAGGUCAGGUUUGACGUCAAGUUUGAGAUCCGGUUUGACGUCAAGUUUGAGGUCAGGUUUGACGUCAAGUUUGAGAUCAGGUUUGACGUCAAGUUUGAGAUCAGGUUUGACGUCAAGUUUGAGAUCAGGUUUGACGUCAAGUUUGAGAUCAGGUUUGACGUCAAGUUUGAGAUCAGGUUUGACGUCAAGUUUGAGAUCAGGUUUGACGUCAAGUUUGAGAUCAGGUUUGACGUCAAGUUUGAGAUCCGGUUUGACGUCAAGUUUGAGAUCAGGUUUGACGUCAAGUUUGAGAUCCGGUUUGACGUCAAGUUUGAGGUCAGGUUUGACGUCAAGUUUGAGAUCAGGUUUGACGUCAAGUUUGAGAUCCGGUUUGACGUCAAGUUUGAGAUCAGGUUUGACGUCAAGUUUGAGAUCAGGUUUGACGUCAAGUUUGAGGUCAGGUUUGACGUCAAGUUUGAGAUCAGGUUUGACGUCAAGUUUGAGAUCCGGUUUGACGUCAAGUUUGAGAUCAGGUUUGACGUCAAGUUUGAGAUCAGGUUUGACGUCAAGUUUGAGAUCAGGUUUGACGUCAAGUUUGAGAUCCGGUUUGACGUCAAGUUUGAGGUCAGGUUUGACGUCAAGUUUGAGAUCCGGUUUGACGUCAAGUUUGAGGUCAGGUUUGACGUCAAGUUUGAGAUCAGGUUUGACGUCAAGUUUGAGAUCAGGUUUGACGUCAAGUUUGAGAUCAGGUUUGACGUCAAGUUUGAGAUCAGGUUUGACGUCAAGUUUGAGAUCAGGUUUGACGUCAAGUUUGAGGUCAGGUUUGACGUCAAGUUUGAGGUCAGGUUUGACGUCAAGUUUGAGAUCAGGUUUGACGUCAAGUUUGAGAUCAGGUUUGACGUCAAGUUUGAGGUCAGGUUUGACGUCAAGUUUGAGAUCAGGUUUGACGUCAAGUUUGAGGUCAGGUUUGACGUCAAGUUUGAGAUCAGGUUUGACGUCAAGUUUGAGAUCAGGUUUGACGUCAAGUUUGAGAUCCGGUUUGACGUCAAGUUUGAGAUCAGGUUUGACGUCAAGUUUGAGAUCCGGUUUGACGUCAAGUUUGAGGUCAGGUUUGACGUCAAGUUUGAGAUCCGGUUUGACGUCAAGUUUGAGGUCAGGUUUGACGUCAAGUUUGAGAUCCGGUUUGACGUCAAGUUUGAGGUCAGGUUUGACGUCAAGUUUGAGAUCCGGUUUGACGUCAAGUUUGAGGUCAGGUUUGACGUCAAGUUUGAGAUCCGGUUUGACGUCAAGUUUGAGAUCAGGUUUGACGUCAAGUUUGAGAUCAGGUUUGACGUCAAGUUUGAGGUCAGGUUUGACGUCAAGUUUGAGAUCAGGUUUGACGUCAAGUUUGAGGUCAGGUUUGACGUCAAGUUUGAGGUCAGGUUUGACGUCAAGUUUGAGGUCAGGUUUGACGUCAAGUUUGAGAUCAGGUUUGACGUCAAGUUUGAGGUCAGGUUUGACGUCAAGUUUGAGGUCAGGUUUGACGUCAAGUUUGAGAUCAGGUUUGACGUCAAGUUUGAGAUCAGGUUUGACGUCAAGUUUGAGGUCAGGUUUGACGUCAAGUUUGAGGUCAGGUUUGACGUCAAGUUUGAGGUCAGGUUUGACGUCAAGUUUGAGAUCAGGUUUGACGUCAAGUUUGAGGUCAGGUUUGACGUCAAGUUUGAGAUCAGGUUUGACGUCAAGUUUGAGAUCAGGUUUGACGUCAAGUUUGAGGUCAGGUUUGACGUCAAGUUUGAGAUCCGGUUUGACGUCAAGUUUGAGAUCAGGUUUGACGUCAAGUUUGAGAUCCGGUUUGACGUCAAGUUUGAGAUCAGGUUUGACGUCAAGUUUGAGAUCCGGUUUGACGUCAAGUUUGAGGUCAGGUUUGACGUCAAGUUUGAGAUCCGGUUUGACGUCAAGUUUGAGAUCCGGUUUGACGUCAAGUUUGAGAUCAGGUUUGACGUCAAGUUUGAGAUCAGGUUUGACGUCAAGUUUGAGAUCAGGUUUGACGUCAAGUUUGAGAUCCGGUUUGACGUCAAGUUUGAGAUCAGGUUUGACGUCAAGUUUGAGAUCAGGUUUGACGUCAAGUUUGAGGUCAGGUUUGACGUCAAGUUUGAGAUCAGGUUUGACGUCAAGUUUGAGAUCAGGUUUGACGUCAAGUUUGAGAUCAGGUUUGACGUCAAGUUUGAGAUCAGGUUUGACGUCAAGUUUGAGGUCAGGUUUGACGUCAAGUUUGAGAUCAGGUUUGACGUCAAGUUUGAGAUCAGGUUUGACGUCAAGUUUGAGAUCAGGUUUGACGUCAAGUUUGAGAUCAGGUUUGACGUCAAGUUUGAGGUCAGGUUUGACGUCAAGUUUGAGGUCAGGUUUGACGUCAAGUUUGAGAUCAGGUUUGACGUCAAGUUUGAGAUCAGGUUUGACGUCAAGUUUGAGGUCAGGUUUGACGUCAAGUUUGAGAUCAGGUUUGACGUCAAGUUUGAGGUCAGGUUUGACGUCAAGUUUGAGAUCAGGUUUGACGUCAAGUUUGAGAUCAGGUUUGACGUCAAGUUUGAGGUCAGGUUUGACGUCAAGUUUGAGAUCAGGUUUGACGUCAAGUUUGAGGUCAGGUUUGACGUCAAGUUUGAGAUCAGGUUUGACGUCAAGUUUGAGAUCAGGUUUGACGUCAAGUUUGAGAUCCGGUUUGACGUCAAGUUUGAGAUCAGGUUUGACGUCAAGUUUGAGAUCAGGUUUGACGUCAAGUUUGAGAUCAGGUUUGACGUCAAGUUUGAGAUCAGGUUUGACGUCAAGUUUGAGGUCAGGUUUGACGUCAAGUUUGAGAUCAGGUUUGACGUCAAGUUUGAGAUCAGGUUUGACGUCAAGUUUGAGAUCAGGUUUGACGUCAAGUUUGAGGUCAGGUUUGACGUCAAGUUUGAGAUCAGGUUUGACGUCAAGUUUGAGGUCAGGUUUGACGUCAAGUUUGAGGUCAGGUUUGACGUCAAGUUUGAGAUCAGGUUUGACGUCAAGUUUGAGAUCAGGUUUGACGUCAAGUUUGAGGUCAGGUUUGACGUCAAGUUUGAGGUCAGGUUUGACGUCAAGUUUGAGAUCAGGUUUGACGUCAAGUUUGAGAUCAGGUUUGACGUCAAGUUUGAGGUCAGGUUUGACGUCAAGUUUGAGAUCAGGUUUGACGUCAAGUUUGAGAUCAGGUUUGACGUCAAGUUUGAGGUCAGGUUUGACGUCAAGUUUGAGAUCAGGUUUGACGUCAAGUUUGAGAUCAGGUUUGACGUCAAGUUUGAGAUCCGGUUUGACGUCAAGUUUGAGAUCAGGUUUGACGUCAAGUUUGAGAUCAGGUUUGACGUCAAGUUUGAGGUCAGGUUUGACGUCAAGUUUGAGAUCAGGUUUGACGUCAAGUUUGAGAUCAGGUUUGACGUCAAGUUUGAGGUCAGGUUUGACGUCAAGUUUGAGAUCAGGUUUGACGUCAAGUUUGAGAUCAGGUUUGACGUCAAGUUUGAGAUCAGGUUUGACGUCAAGUUUGAGAUCAGGUUUGACGUCAAGUUUGAGAUCAGGUUUGACGUCAAGUUUGAGGUCAGGUUUGACGUCAAGUUUGAGGUCAGGUUUGACGUCAAGUUUGAGGUCAGGUUUGACGUCAAGUUUGAGAUCAGGUUUGACGUCAAGUUUGAGAUCAGGUUUGACGUCAAGUUUGAGAUCCGGUUUGACGUCAAGUUUGAGAUCAGGUUUGACGUCAAGUUUGAGAUCCGGUUUGACGUCAAGUUUGAGGUCAGGUUUGACGUCAAGUUUGAGAUCCGGUUUGACGUCAAGUUUGAGGUCAGGUUUGACGUCAAGUUUGAGAUCCGGUUUGACGUCAAGUUUGAGGUCAGGUUUGACGUCAAGUUUGAGAUCCGGUUUGACGUCAAGUUUGAGGUCAGGUUUGACGUCAAGUUUGAGAUCAGGUUUGACGUCAAGUUUGAGAUCAGGUUUGACGUCAAGUUUGAGAUCAGGUUUGACGUCAAGUUUGAGGUCAGGUUUGACGUCAAGUUUGAGAUCAGGUUUGACGUCAAGUUUGAGGUCAGGUUUGACGUCAAGUUUGAGGUCAGGUUUGACGUCAAGUUUGAGGUCAGGUUUGACGUCAAGUUUGAGAUCAGGUUUGACGUCAAGUUUGAGGUCAGGUUUGACGUCAAGUUUGAGGUCAGGUUUGACGUCAAGUUUGAGAUCAGGUUUGACGUCAAGUUUGAGAUCAGGUUUGACGUCAAGUUUGAGGUCAGGUUUGACGUCAAGUUUGAGAUCAGGUUUGACGUCAAGUUUGAGAUCAGGUUUGACGUCAAGUUUGAGGUCAGGUUUGACGUCAAGUUUGAGAUCAGGUUUGACGUCAAGUUUGAGGUCAGGUUUGACGUCAAGUUUGAGAUCAGGUUUGACGUCAAGUUUGAGAUCAGGUUUGACGUCAAGUUUGAGGUCAGGUUUGACGUCAAGUUUGAGAUCAGGUUUGACGUCAAGUUUGAGAUCAGGUUUGACGUCAAGUUUGAGAUCAGGUUUGACGUCAAGUUUGAGAUCAGGUUUGACGUCAAGUUUGAGGUCAGGUUUGACGUCAAGUUUGAGGUCAGGUUUGACGUCAAGUUUGAGAUCAGGUUUGACGUCAAGUUUGAGAUCAGGUUUGACGUCAAGUUUGAGGUCAGGUUUGACGUCAAGUUUGAGGUCAGGUUUGACGUCAAGUUUGAGGUCAGGUUUGACGUCAAGUUUGAGAUCAGGUUUGACGUCAAGUUUGAGGUCAGGUUUGACGUCAAGUUUGAGAUCAGGUUUGACGUCAAGUUUGAGAUCAGGUUUGACGUCAAGUUUGAGGUCAGGUUUGACGUCAAGUUUGAGAUCCGGUUUGACGUCAAGUUUGAGAUCAGGUUUGACGUCAAGUUUGAGAUCCGGUUUGACGUCAAGUUUGAGAUCAGGUUUGACGUCAAGUUUGAGAUCAGGUUUGACGUCAAGUUUGAGGUCAGGUUUGACGUCAAGUUUGAGAUCAGGUUUGACGUCAAGUUUGAGAUCAGGUUUGACGUCAAGUUUGAGAUCAGGUUUGACGUCAAGUUUGAGAUCAGGUUUGACGUCAAGUUUGAGAUCAGGUUUGACGUCAAGUUUGAGAUCAGGUUUGACGUCAAGUUUGAGAUCAGGUUUGACGUCAAGUUUGAGAUCAGGUUUGACGUCAAGUUUGAGGUCAGGUUUGACGUCAAGUUUGAGGUCAGGUUUGACGUCAAGUUUGAGGUCAGGUUUGACGUCAAGUUUGAGAUCAGGUUUGACGUCAAGUUUGAGAUCAGGUUUGACGUCAAGUUUGAGAUCCGGUUUGACGUCAAGUUUGAGAUCAGGUUUGACGUCAAGUUUGAGAUCAGGUUUGACGUCAAGUUUGAGGUCAGGUUUGACGUCAAGUUUGAGAUCCGGUUUGACGUCAAGUUUGAGGUCAGGUUUGACGUCAAGUUUGAGAUCCGGUUUGACGUCAAGUUUGAGGUCAGGUUUGACGUCAAGUUUGAGAUCCGGUUUGACGUCAAGUUUGAGGUCAGGUUUGACGUCAAGUUUGAGAUCCGGUUUGACGUCAAGUUUGAGAUCAGGUUUGACGUCAAGUUUGAGAUCAGGUUUGACGUCAAGUUUGAGGUCAGGUUUGACGUCAAGUUUGAGAUCAGGUUUGACGUCAAGUUUGAGAUCAGGUUUGACGUCAAGUUUGAGAUCAGGUUUGACGUCAAGUUUGAGGUCAGGUUUGACGUCAAGUUUGAGAUCAGGUUUGACGUCAAGUUUGAGGUCAGGUUUGACGUCAAGUUUGAGGUCAGGUUUGACGUCAAGUUUGAGAUCAGGUUUGACGUCAAGUUUGAGAUCAGGUUUGACGUCAAGUUUGAGGUCAGGUUUGACGUCAAGUUUGAGGUCAGGUUUGACGUCAAGUUUGAGAUCAGGUUUGACGUCAAGUUUGAGAUCAGGUUUGACGUCAAGUUUGAGGUCAGGUUUGACGUCAAGUUUGAGAUCAGGUUUGACGUCAAGUUUGAGAUCAGGUUUGACGUCAAGUUUGAGGUCAGGUUUGACGUCAAGUUUGAGAUCCGGUUUGACGUCAAGUUUGAGAUCAGGUUUGACGUCAAGUUUGAGAUCCGGUUUGACGUCAAGUUUGAGAUCAGGUUUGACGUCAAGUUUGAGAUCCGGUUUGACGUCAAGUUUGAGGUCAGGUUUGACGUCAAGUUUGAGAUCAGGUUUGACGUCAAGUUUGAGAUCAGGUUUGACGUCAAGUUUGAGGUCAGGUUUGACGUCAAGUUUGAGAUCAGGUUUGACGUCAAGUUUGAGAUCAGGUUUGACGUCAAGUUUGAGAUCAGGUUUGACGUCAAGUUUGAGAUCAGGUUUGACGUCAAGUUUGAGAUCAGGUUUGACGUCAAGUUUGAGGUCAGGUUUGACGUCAAGUUUGAGAUCAGGUUUGACGUCAAGUUUGAGAUCAGGUUUGACGUCAAGUUUGAGAUCAGGUUUGACGUCAAGUUUGAGAUCAGGUUUGACGUCAAGUUUGAGGUCAGGUUUGACGUCAAGUUUGAGAUCAGGUUUGACGUCAAGUUUGAGAUCAGGUUUGACGUCAAGUUUGAGAUCAGGUUUGACGUCAAGUUUGAGGUCAGGUUUGACGUCAAGUUUGAGGUCAGGUUUGACGUCAAGUUUGAGAUCGAUCGGUUUGACGUCAAGUUUGAGAUCAGGUUUGACGUCAAGUUUGAGAUCAGGUUUGACGUCAAGUUUGAGGUCAGGUUUGACGUCAAGUUUGAGAUCCGGUUUGACGUCAAGUUUGAGGUCAGGUUUGACGUCAAGUUUGAGAUCAGGUUUGACGUCAAGUUUGAGGUCAGGUUUGACGUCAAGUUUGAGAUCAGGUUUGACGUCAAGUUUGAGAUCAGGUUUGACGUCAAGUUUGAGAUCAGGUUUGACGUCAAGUUUGAGGUCAGGUUUGACGUCAAGUUUGAGGUCAGGUUUGACGUCAAGUUUGAGGUCAGGUUUGACGUCAAGUUUGAGAUCAGGUUUGACGUCAAGUUUGAGGUCAGGUUUGACGUCAAGUUUGAGAUCAGGUUUGACGUCAAGUUUGAGAUCAGGUUUGACGUCAAGUUUGAGAUCAGGUUUGACGUCAAGUUUGAGAUCAGGUUUGACGUCAAGUUUGAGAUCAGGUUUGACGUCAAGUUUGAGAUCAGGUUUGACGUCAAGUUUGAGGUCAGGUUUGACGUCAAGUUUGAGAUCAGGUUUGACGUCAAGUUUGAGAUCAGGUUUGACGUCAAGUUUGAGGUCAGGUUUGACGUCAAGUUUGAGAUCCGGUUUGACGUCAAGUUUGAGAUCAGGUUUGACGUCAAGUUUGAGAUCAGGUUUGACGUCAAGUUUGAGAUCAGGUUUGACGUCAAGUUUGAGAUCCGGUUUGACGUCAAGUUUGAGGUCAGGUUUGACGUCAAGUUUGAGAUCAGGUUUGACGUCAAGUUUGAGAUCAGGUUUGACGUCAAGUUUGAGAUCCGGUUUGACGUCAAGUUUGAGAUCAGGUUUGACGUCAAGUUUGAGGUCAGGUUUGACGUCAAGUUUGAGAUCCGGUUUGACGUCAAGUUUGAGAUCAGGUUUGACGUCAAGUUUGAGAUCAGGUUUGACGUCAAGUUUGAGGUCAGGUUUGACGUCAAGUUUGAGAUCAGGUUUGACGUCAAGUUUGAGAUCCGGUUUGACGUCAAGUUUGAGAUCAGGUUUGACGUCAAGUUUGAGGUCAGGUUUGACGUCAAGUUUGAGAUCCGGUUUGACGUCAAGUUUGAGAUCAGGUUUGACGUCAAGUUUGAGAUCAGGUUUGACGUCAAGUUUGAGGUCAGGUUUGACGUCAAGUUUGAGAUCAGGUUUGACGUCAAGUUUGAGAUCAGGUUUGACGUCAAGUUUGAGAUCAGGUUUGACGUCAAGUUUGAGGUCAGGUUUGACGUCAAGUUUGAGAUCAGGUUUGACGUCAAGUUUGAGGUCAGGUUUGACGUCAAGUUUGAGAUCAGGUUUGACGUCAAGUUUGAGGUCAGGUUUGACGUCAAGUUUGAGAUCAGGUUUGACGUCAAGUUUGAGAUCAGGUUUGACGUCAAGUUUGAGAUCAGGUUUGACGUCAAGUUUGAGGUCAGGUUUGACGUCAAGUUUGAGGUCAGGUUUGACGUCAAGUUUGAGGUCAGGUUUGACGUCAAGUUUGAGAUCCGGUUUGACGUCAAGUUUGAGGUCAGGUUUGACGUCAAGUUUGAGAUCAGGUUUGACGUCAAGUUUGAGAUCAGGUUUGACGUCAAGUUUGAGGUCAGGUUUGACGUCAAGUUUGAGAUCAGGUUUGACGUCAAGUUUGAGGUCAGGUUUGACGUCAAGUUUGAGAUCAGGUUUGACGUCAAGUUUGAGAUCAGGUUUGACGUCAAGUUUGAGAUCAGGUUUGACGUCAAGUUUGAGAUCAGGUUUGACGUCAAGUUUGAGAUCAGGUUUGACGUCAAGUUUGAGAUCAGGUUUGACGUCAAGUUUGAGAUCAGGUUUGACGUCAAGUUUGAGGUCAGGUUUGACGUCAAGUUUGAGAUCAGGUUUGACGUCAAGUUUGAGAUCAGGUUUGACGUCAAGUUUGAGGUCAGGUUUGACGUCAAGUUUGAGGUCAGGUUUGACGUCAAGUUUGAGAUCAGGUUUGACGUCAAGUUUGAGGUCAGGUUUGACGUCAAGUUUGAGGUCAGGUUUGACGUCAAGUUUGAGAUCAGGUUUGACGUCAAGUUUGAGAUCAGGUUUGACGUCAAGUUUGAGGUCAGGUUUGACGUCAAGUUUGAGGUCAGGUUUGACGUCAAGUUUGAGAUCAGGUUUGACGUCAAGUUUGAGAUCAGGUUUGACGUCAAGUUUGAGGUCAGGUUUGACGUCAAGUUUGAGAUCAGGUUUGACGUCAAGUUUGAGAUCAGGUUUGACGUCAAGUUUGAGGUCAGGUUUGACGUCAAGUUUGAGAUCCGGUUUGACGUCAAGUUUGAGAUCAGGUUUGACGUCAAGUUUGAGAUCCGGUUUGACGUCAAGUUUGAGAUCCGGUUUGACGUCAAGUUUGAGAUCAGGUUUGACGUCAAGUUUGAGAUCCGGUUUGACGUCAAGUUUGAGGUCAGGUUUGACGUCAAGUUUGAGAUCAGGUUUGACGUCAAGUUUGAGAUCAGGUUUGACGUCAAGUUUGAGAUCCGGUUUGACGUCAAGUUUGAGAUCAGGUUUGACGUCAAGUUUGAGGUCAGGUUUGACGUCAAGUUUGAGAUCAGGUUUGACGUCAAGUUUGAGAUCAGGUUUGACGUCAAGUUUGAGAUCAGGUUUGACGUCAAGUUUGAGAUCAGGUUUGACGUCAAGUUUGAGGUCAGGUUUGACGUCAAGUUUGAGAUCAGGUUUGACGUCAAGUUUGAGAUCAGGUUUGACGUCAAGUUUGAGAUCAGGUUUGACGUCAAGUUUGAGAUCAGGUUUGACGUCAAGUUUGAGAUCAGGUUUGACGUCAAGUUUGAGGUCAGGUUUGACGUCAAGUUUGAGAUCAGGUUUGACGUCAAGUUUGAGAUCAGGUUUGACGUCAAGUUUGAGAUCAGGUUUGACGUCAAGUUUGAGGUCAGGUUUGACGUCAAGUUUGAGGUCAGGUUUGACGUCAAGUUUGAGAUCAGGUUUGACGUCAAGUUUGAGAUCAGGUUUGACGUCAAGUUUGAGGUCAGGUUUGACGUCAAGUUUGAGAUCAGGUUUGACGUCAAGUUUGAGGUCAGGUUUGACGUCAAGUUUGAGGUCAGGUUUGACGUCAAGUUUGAGGUCAGGUUUGACGUCAAGUUUGAGAUCAGGUUUGACGUCAAGUUUGAGAUCAGGUUUGACGUCAAGUUUGAGAUCAGGUUUGACGUCAAGUUUGAGAUCAGGUUUGACGUCAAGUUUGAGAUCAGGUUUGACGUCAAGUUUGAGGUCAGGUUUGACGUCAAGUUUGAGAUCCGGUUUGACGUCAAGUUUGAGGUCAGGUUUGACGUCAAGUUUGAGAUCCGGUUUGACGUCAAGUUUGAGGUCAGGUUUGACGUCAAGUUUGAGAUCCGGUUUGACGUCAAGUUUGAGGUCAGGUUUGACGUCAAGUUUGAGAUCCGGUUUGACGUCAAGUUUGAGAUCAGGUUUGACGUCAAGUUUGAGAUCAGGUUUGACGUCAAGUUUGAGGUCAGGUUUGACGUCAAGUUUGAGAUCAGGUUUGACGUCAAGUUUGAGAUCAGGUUUGACGUCAAGUUUGAGGUCAGGUUUGACGUCAAGUUUGAGGUCAGGUUUGACGUCAAGUUUGAGAUCAGGUUUGACGUCAAGUUUGAGGUCAGGUUUGACGUCAAGUUUGAGGUCAGGUUUGACGUCAAGUUUGAGAUCAGGUUUGACGUCAAGUUUGAGAUCAGGUUUGACGUCAAGUUUGAGGUCAGGUUUGACGUCAAGUUUGAGGUCAGGUUUGACGUCAAGUUUGAGGUCAGGUUUGACGUCAAGUUUGAGAUCCGGUUUGACGUCAAGUUUGAGGUCAGGUUUGACGUCAAGUUUGAGAUCAGGUUUGACGUCAAGUUUGAGAUCAGGUUUGACGUCAAGUUUGAGGUCAGGUUUGACGUCAAGUUUGAGAUCCGGUUUGACGUCAAGUUUGAGAUCAGGUUUGACGUCAAGUUUGAGAUCCGGUUUGACGUCAAGUUUGAGAUCAGGUUUGACGUCAAGUUUGAGAUCCGGUUUGACGUCAAGUUUGAGAUCAGGUUUGACGUCAAGUUUGAGAUCCGGUUUGACGUCAAGUUUGAGGUCAGGUUUGACGUCAAGUUUGAGAUCCGGUUUGACGUCAAGUUUGAGAUCAGGUUUGACGUCAAGUUUGAGAUCAGGUUUGACGUCAAGUUUGAGAUCAGGUUUGACGUCAAGUUUGAGGUCAGGUUUGACGUCAAGUUUGAGAUCAGGUUUGACGUCAAGUUUGAGAUCAGGUUUGACGUCAAGUUUGAGAUCAGGUUUGACGUCAAGUUUGAGGUCAGGUUUGACGUCAAGUUUGAGGUCAGGUUUGACGUCAAGUUUGAGAUCAGGUUUGACGUCAAGUUUGAGAUCGGUUUGACGUCAAGUUUGAGGUUUGACGUCAAGUUUGAGAUCAGGUUUGACGUCAAGUUUGAGGUCAGGUUUGACGUCAAGUUUGAGGUCAGGUUUGACGUCAAGUUUGAGAUCCGGUUUGACGUCAAGUUUGAGAUCAGGUUUGACGUCAAGUUUGAGAUCAGGUUUGACGUCAAGUUUGAGGUCAGGUUUGACGUCAAGUUUGAGGUCAGGUUUGACGUCAAGUUUGAGAUCAGGUUUGACGUCAAGUUUGAGGUCAGGUUUGACGUCAAGUUUGAGAUCAGGUUUGACGUCAAGUUUGAGGUCAGGUUUGACGUCAAGUUUGAGAUCAGGUUUGACGUCAAGUUUGAGAUCAGGUUUGACGUCAAGUUUGAGAUCAGGUUUGACGUCAAGUUUGAGGUCAGGUUUGACGUCAAGUUUGAGAUCAGGUUUGACGUCAAGUUUGAGAUCAGGUUUGACGUCAAGUUUGAGAUCAGGUUUGACGUCAAGUUUGAGAUCAGGUUUGACGUCAAGUUUGAGAUCCGGUUUGACGUCAAGUUUGAGGUCAGGUUUGACGUCAAGUUUGAGAUCAGGUUUGACGUCAAGUUUGAGGUCAGGUUUGACGUCAAGUUUGAGGUCAGGUUUGACGUCAAGUUUGAGGUCAGGUUUGACGUCAAGUUUGAGAUCAGGUUUGACGUCAAGUUUGAGGUCAGGUUUGACGUCAAGUUUGAGAUCAGGUUUGACGUCAAGUUUGAGAUCAGGUUUGACGUCAAGUUUGAGGUCAGGUUUGACGUCAAGUUUGAGAUCAGGUUUGACGUCAAGUUUGAGAUCAGGUUUGACGUCAAGUUUGAGAUCAGGUUUGACGUCAAGUUUGAGGUCAGGUUUGACGUCAAGUUUGAGGUCAGGUUUGACGUCAAGUUUGAGAUCAGGUUUGACGUCAAGUUUGAGAUCAGGUUUGACGUCAAGUUUGAGGUCAGGUUUGACGUCAAGUUUGAGAUCAGGUUUGACGUCAAGUUUGAGAUCAGGUUUGACGUCAAGUUUGAGGUCAGGUUUGACGUCAAGUUUGAGGUCAGGUUUGACGUCAAGUUUGAGAUCAGGUUUGACGUCAAGUUUGAGGUCAGGUUUGACGUCAAGUUUGAGAUCAGGUUUGACGUCAAGUUUGAGAUCAGGUUUGACGUCAAGUUUGAGGUCAGGUUUGACGUCAAGUUUGAGAUCAGGUUUGACGUCAAGUUUGAGAUCAGGUUUGACGUCAAGUUUGAGAUCAGGUUUGACGUCAAGUUUGAGGUCAGGUUUGACGUCAAGUUUGAGAUCAGGUUUGACGUCAAGUUUGAGAUCAGGUUUGACGUCAAGUUUGAGAUCAGGUUUGACGUCAAGUUUGAGAUCAGGUUUGACGUCAAGUUUGAGGUCAGGUUUGACGUCAAGUUUGAGAUCCGGUUUGACGUCAAGUUUGAGGUCAGGUUUGACGUCAAGUUUGAGAUCAGGUUUGACGUCAAGUUUGAGGUCAGGUUUGACGUCAAGUUUGAGAUCAGGUUUGACGUCAAGUUUGAGAUCAGGUUUGACGUCAAGUUUGAGAUCAGGUUUGACGUCAAGUUUGAGGUCAGGUUUGACGUCAAGUUUGAGAUCAGGUUUGACGUCAAGUUUGAGAUCAGGUUUGACGUCAAGUUUGAGAUCAGGUUUGACGUCAAGUUUGAGAUCAGGUUUGACGUCAAGUUUGAGAUCAGGUUUGACGUCAAGUUUGAGGUCAGGUUUGACGUCAAGUUUGAGAUCAGGUUUGACGUCAAGUUUGAGGUCAGGUUUGACGUCAAGUUUGAGGUCAGGUUUGACGUCAAGUUUGAGGUCAGGUUUGACGUCAAGUUUGAGAUCAGGUUUGACGUCAAGUUUGAGGUCAGGUUUGACGUCAAGUUUGAGAUCAGGUUUGACGUCAAGUUUGAGAUCAGGUUUGACGUCAAGUUUGAGGUCAGGUUUGACGUCAAGUUUGAGAUCCGGUUUGACGUCAAGUUUGAGAUCAGGUUUGACGUCAAGUUUGAGAUCCGGUUUGACGUCAAGUUUGAGGUCAGGUUUGACGUCAAGUUUGAGAUCCGGUUUGACGUCAAGUUUGAGAUCAGGUUUGACGUCAAGUUUGAGAUCCGGUUUGACGUCAAGUUUGAGAUCAGGUUUGACGUCAAGUUUGAGAUCCGGUUUGACGUCAAGUUUGAGGUCAGGUUUGACGUCAAGUUUGAGAUCAGGUUUGACGUCAAGUUUGAGAUCAGGUUUGACGUCAAGUUUGAGAUCCGGUUUGACGUCAAGUUUGAGAUCAGGUUUGACGUCAAGUUUGAGGUCAGGUUUGACGUCAAGUUUGAGAUCAGGUUUGACGUCAAGUUUGAGAUCAGGUUUGACGUCAAGUUUGAGAUCAGGUUUGACGUCAAGUUUGAGGUCAGGUUUGACGUCAAGUUUGAGGUCAGGUUUGACGUCAAGUUUGAGAUCCGGUUUGACGUCAAGUUUGAGGUCAGGUUUGACGUCAAGUUUGAGGUCAGGUUUGACGUCAAGUUUGAGGUCAGGUUUGACGUCAAGUUUGAGGUCAGGUUUGACGUCAAGUUUGAGAUCCGGUUUGACGUCAAGUUUGAGAUCAGGUUUGACGUCAAGUUUGAGAUCAGGUUUGACGUCAAGUUUGAGGUCAGGUUUGACGUCAAGUUUGAGAUCAGGUUUGACGUCAAGUUUGAGAUCAGGUUUGACGUCAAGUUUGAGGUCAGGUUUGACGUCAAGUUUGAGGUCAGGUUUGACGUCAAGUUUGAGAUCAGGUUUGACGUCAAGUUUGAGGUCAGGUUUGACGUCAAGUUUGAGGUCAGGUUUGACGUCAAGUUUGAGAUCAGGUUUGACGUCAAGUUUGAGAUCAGGUUUGACGUCAAGUUUGAGAUCAGGUUUGACGUCAAGUUUGAGGUCAGGUUUGACGUCAAGUUUGAGAUCAGGUUUGACGUCAAGUUUGAGAUCCGGUUUGACGUCAAGUUUGAGGUCAGGUUUGACGUCAAGUUUGAGAUCAGGUUUGACGUCAAGUUUGAGAUCAGGUUUGACGUCAAGUUUGAGGUCAGGUUUGACGUCAAGUUUGAGAUCCGGUUUGACGUCAAGUUUGAGAUCAGGUUUGACGUCAAGUUUGAGAUCCGGUUUGACGUCAAGUUUGAGAUCAGGUUUGACGUCAAGUUUGAGAUCCGGUUUGACGUCAAGUUUGAGAUCAGGUUUGACGUCAAGUUUGAGAUCCGGUUUGACGUCAAGUUUGAGGUCAGGUUUGACGUCAAGUUUGAGAUCAGGUUUGACGUCAAGUUUGAGAUCAGGUUUGACGUCAAGUUUGAGAUCAGGUUUGACGUCAAGUUUGAGAUCAGGUUUGACGUCAAGUUUGAGGUCAGGUUUGACGUCAAGUUUGAGAUCAGGUUUGACGUCAAGUUUGAGAUCAGGUUUGACGUCAAGUUUGAGAUCAGGUUUGACGUCAAGUUUGAGGUCAGGUUUGACGUCAAGUUUGAGGUCAGGUUUGACGUCAAGUUUGAGAUCCGGUUUGACGUCAAGUUUGAGGUCAGGUUUGACGUCAAGUUUGAGGUCAGGUUUGACGUCAAGUUUGAGAUCAGGUUUGACGUCAAGUUUGAGGUCAGGUUUGACGUCAAGUUUGAGGUCAGGUUUGACGUCAAGUUUGAGAUCCGGUUUGACGUCAAGUUUGAGAUCAGGUUUGACGUCAAGUUUGAGAUCAGGUUUGACGUCAAGUUUGAGGUCAGGUUUGACGUCAAGUUUGAGGUCAGGUUUGACGUCAAGUUUGAGAUCCGGUUUGACGUCAAGUUUGAGGUCAGGUUUGACGUCAAGUUUGAGAUCAGGUUUGACGUCAAGUUUGAGGUCAGGUUUGACGUCAAGUUUGAGAUCAGGUUUGACGUCAAGUUUGAGAUCAGGUUUGACGUCAAGUUUGAGGUCAGGUUUGACGUCAAGUUUGAGGUCAGGUUUGACGUCAAGUUUGAGAUCAGGUUUGACGUCAAGUUUGAGAUCAGGUUUGACGUCAAGUUUGAGAUCCGGUUUGACGUCAAGUUUGAGAUCAGGUUUGACGUCAAGUUUGAGAUCAGGUUUGACGUCAAGUUUGAGGUCAGGUUUGACGUCAAGUUUGAGAUCAGGUUUGACGUCAAGUUUGAGGUCAGGUUUGACGUCAAGUUUGAGGUCAGGUUUGACGUCAAGUUUGAGAUCAGGUUUGACGUCAAGUUUGAGAUCAGGUUUGACGUCAAGUUUGAGGUCAGGUUUGACGUCAAGUUUGAGAUCAGGUUUGACGUCAAGUUUGAGAUCAGGUUUGACGUCAAGUUUGAGGUCAGGUUUGACGUCAAGUUUGAGAUCCGGUUUGACGUCAAGUUUGAGAUCAGGUUUGACGUCAAGUUUGAGAUCCGGUUUGACGUCAAGUUUGAGGUCAGGUUUGACGUCAAGUUUGAGAUCCGGUUUGACGUCAAGUUUGAGAUCAGGUUUGACGUCAAGUUUGAGAUCCGGUUUGACGUCAAGUUUGAGAUCAGGUUUGACGUCAAGUUUGAGAUCCGGUUUGACGUCAAGUUUGAGGUCAGGUUUGACGUCAAGUUUGAGAUCCGGUUUGACGUCAAGUUUGAGAUCAGGUUUGACGUCAAGUUUGAGAUCAGGUUUGACGUCAAGUUUGAGAUCAGGUUUGACGUCAAGUUUGAGGUCAGGUUUGACGUCAAGUUUGAGAUCAGGUUUGACGUCAAGUUUGAGAUCAGGUUUGACGUCAAGUUUGAGAUCAGGUUUGACGUCAAGUUUGAGGUCAGGUUUGACGUCAAGUUUGAGGUCAGGUUUGACGUCAAGUUUGAGAUCAGGUUUGACGUCAAGUUUGAGAUCAGGUUUGACGUCAAGUUUGAGGUCAGGUUUGACGUCAAGUUUGAGAUCAGGUUUGACGUCAAGUUUGAGGUCAGGUUUGACGUCAAGUUUGAGGUCAGGUUUGACGUCAAGUUUGAGGUCAGGUUUGACGUCAAGUUUGAGGUCAGGUUUGACGUCAAGUUUGAGAUCAGGUUUGACGUCAAGUUUGAGAUCAGGUUUGACGUCAAGUUUGAGAUCAGGUUUGACGUCAAGUUUGAGAUCAGGUUUGACGUCAAGUUUGAGGUCAGGUUUGACGUCAAGUUUGAGAUCCGGUUUGACGUCAAGUUUGAGGUCAGGUUUGACGUCAAGUUUGAGAUCCGGUUUGACGUCAAGUUUGAGGUCAGGUUUGACGUCAAGUUUGAGAUCCGGUUUGACGUCAAGUUUGAGGUCAGGUUUGACGUCAAGUUUGAGAUCCGGUUUGACGUCAAGUUUGAGAUCAGGUUUGACGUCAAGUUUGAGAUCAGGUUUGACGUCAAGUUUGAGGUCAGGUUUGACGUCAAGUUUGAGAUCAGGUUUGACGUCAAGUUUGAGAUCAGGUUUGACGUCAAGUUUGAGGUCAGGUUUGACGUCAAGUUUGAGAUCAGGUUUGACGUCAAGUUUGAGAUCAGGUUUGACGUCAAGUUUGAGGUCAGGUUUGACGUCAAGUUUGAGAUCAGGUUUGACGUCAAGUUUGAGAUCAGGUUUGACGUCAAGUUUGAGAUCAGGUUUGACGUCAAGUUUGAGAUCAGGUUUGACGUCAAGUUUGAGAUCAGGUUUGACGUCAAGUUUGAGAUCAGGUUUGACGUCAAGUUUGAGAUCAGGUUUGACGUCAAGUUUGAGGUCAGGUUUGACGUCAAGUUUGAGAUCAGGUUUGACGUCAAGUUUGAGGUCAGGUUUGACGUCAAGUUUGAGAUCAGGUUUGACGUCAAGUUUGAGAUCAGGUUUGACGUCAAGUUUGAGGUCAGGUUUGACGUCAAGUUUGAGAUCAGGUUUGACGUCAAGUUUGAGAUCAGGUUUGACGUCAAGUUUGAGAUCCGGUUUGACGUCAAGUUUGAGAUCAGGUUUGACGUCAAGUUUGAGAUCAGGUUUGACGUCAAGUUUGAGAUCAGGUUUGACGUCAAGUUUGAGAUCAGGUUUGACGUCAAGUUUGAGGUCAGGUUUGACGUCAAGUUUGAGAUCAGGUUUGACGUCAAGUUUGAGAUCAGGUUUGACGUCAAGUUUGAGAUCAGGUUUGACGUCAAGUUUGAGAUCAGGUUUGACGUCAAGUUUGAGGUCAGGUUUGACGUCAAGUUUGAGAUCCGGUUUGACGUCAAGUUUGAGAUCAGGUUUGACGUCAAGUUUGAGAUCAGGUUUGACGUCAAGUUUGAGGUCAGGUUUGACGUCAAGUUUGAGAUCAGGUUUGACGUCAAGUUUGAGGUCAGGUUUGACGUCAAGUUUGAGAUCCGGUUUGACGUCAAGUUUGAGGUCAGGUUUGACGUCAAGUUUGAGAUCCGGUUUGACGUCAAGUUUGAGGUCAGGUUUGACGUCAAGUUUGAGAUCCGGUUUGACGUCAAGUUUGAGAUCAGGUUUGACGUCAAGUUUGAGAUCAGGUUUGACGUCAAGUUUGAGGUCAGGUUUGACGUCAAGUUUGAGAUCAGGUUUGACGUCAAGUUUGAGAUCAGGUUUGACGUCAAGUUUGAGAUCAGGUUUGACGUCAAGUUUGAGAUCAGGUUUGACGUCAAGUUUGAGAUCAGGUUUGACGUCAAGUUUGAGAUCAGGUUUGACGUCAAGUUUGAGGUCAGGUUUGACGUCAAGUUUGAGGUCAGGUUUGACGUCAAGUUUGAGAUCAGGUUUGACGUCAAGUUUGAGAUCAGGUUUGACGUCAAGUUUGAGAUCAGGUUUGACGUCAAGUUUGAGAUCAGGUUUGACGUCAAGUUUGAGAUCAGGUUUGACGUCAAGUUUGAGGUCAGGUUUGACGUCAAGUUUGAGAUCAGGUUUGACGUCAAGUUUGAGGUCAGGUUUGACGUCAAGUUUGAGAUCAGGUUUGACGUCAAGUUUGAGAUCAGGUUUGACGUCAAGUUUGAGGUCAGGUUUGACGUCAAGUUUGAGAUCCGGUUUGACGUCAAGUUUGAGAUCAGGUUUGACGUCAAGUUUGAGAUCAGGUUUGACGUCAAGUUUGAGAUCAGGUUUGACGUCAAGUUUGAGAUCCGGUUUGACGUCAAGUUUGAGAUCAGGUUUGACGUCAAGUUUGAGAUCCGGUUUGACGUCAAGUUUGAGGUCAGGUUUGACGUCAAGUUUGAGAUCAGGUUUGACGUCAAGUUUGAGAUCAGGUUUGACGUCAAGUUUGAGAUCAGGUUUGACGUCAAGUUUGAGAUCAGGUUUGACGUCAAGUUUGAGGUCAGGUUUGACGUCAAGUUUGAGAUCAGGUUUGACGUCAAGUUUGAGAUCAGGUUUGACGUCAAGUUUGAGAUCAGGUUUGACGUCAAGUUUGAGGUCAGGUUUGACGUCAAGUUUGAGGUCAGGUUUGACGUCAAGUUUGAGAUCAGGUUUGACGUCAAGUUUGAGAUCAGGUUUGACGUCAAGUUUGAGGUCAGGUUUGACGUCAAGUUUGAGAUCCGGUUUGACGUCAAGUUUGAGAUCAGGUUUGACGUCAAGUUUGAGGUCAGGUUUGACGUCAAGUUUGAGAUCAGGUUUGACGUCAAGUUUGAGGUCAGGUUUGACGUCAAGUUUGAGGUCAGGUUUGACGUCAAGUUUGAGGUCAGGUUUGACGUCAAGUUUGAGAUCAGGUUUGACGUCAAGUUUGAGAUCAGGUUUGACGUCAAGUUUGAGAUCAGGUUUGACGUCAAGUUUGAGGUCAGGUUUGACGUCAAGUUUGAGGUCAGGUUUGACGUCAAGUUUGAGAUCCGGUUUGACGUCAAGUUUGAGGUCAGGUUUGACGUCAAGUUUGAGAUCAGGUUUGACGUCAAGUUUGAGAUCAGGUUUGACGUCAAGUUUGAGAUCAGGUUUGACGUCAAGUUUGAGAUCAGGUUUGACGUCAAGUUUGAGAUCAGGUUUGACGUCAAGUUUGAGGUCAGGUUUGACGUCAAGUUUGAGAUCAGGUUUGACGUCAAGUUUGAGAUCAGGUUUGACGUCAAGUUUGAGAUCCGGUUUGACGUCAAGUUUGAGAUCAGGUUUGACGUCAAGUUUGAGAUCAGGUUUGACGUCAAGUUUGAGGUCAGGUUUGACGUCAAGUUUGAGAUCAGGUUUGACGUCAAGUUUGAGGUCAGGUUUGACGUCAAGUUUGAGAUCAGGUUUGACGUCAAGUUUGAGGUCAGGUUUGACGUCAAGUUUGAGAUCCGGUUUGACGUCAAGUUUGAGGUCAGGUUUGACGUCAAGUUUGAGAUCAGGUUUGACGUCAAGUUUGAGAUCAGGUUUGACGUCAAGUUUGAGGUCAGGUUUGACGUCAAGUUUGAGAUCAGGUUUGACGUCAAGUUUGAGAUCAGGUUUGACGUCAAGUUUGAGAUCCGGUUUGACGUCAAGUUUGAGGUCAGGUUUGACGUCAAGUUUGAGAUCCGGUUUGACGUCAAGUUUGAGAUCAGGUUUGACGUCAAGUUUGAGAUCCGGUUUGACGUCAAGUUUGAGGUCAGGUUUGACGUCAAGUUUGAGAUCCGGUUUGACGUCAAGUUUGAGAUCAGGUUUGACGUCAAGUUUGAGAUCAGGUUUGACGUCAAGUUUGAGAUCAGGUUUGACGUCAAGUUUGAGGUCAGGUUUGACGUCAAGUUUGAGAUCAGGUUUGACGUCAAGUUUGAGAUCAGGUUUGACGUCAAGUUUGAGAUCAGGUUUGACGUCAAGUUUGAGGUCAGGUUUGACGUCAAGUUUGAGGUCAGGUUUGACGUCAAGUUUGAGAUUCGGUUUGACGUCAAGUUUGAGAUCCGGUUUGACGUCAAGUUUGAGGUCAGGUUUGACGUCAAGUUUGAGAUCCGGUUUGACGUCAAGUUUGAGGUCAGGUUUGACGUCAAGUUUGAGGUCAGGUUUGACGUCAAGUUUGAGGUCAGGUUUGACGUCAAGUUUGAGGUCAGGUUUGACGUCAAGUUUGAGAUCCGGUUUGACGUCAAGUUUGAGGUCAGGUUUGACGUCAAGUUUGAGAUCCGGUUUGACGUCAAGUUUGAGAUCAGGUUUGACGUCAAGUUUGAGAUCAGGUUUGACGUCAAGUUUGAGGUCAGGUUUGACGUCAAGUUUGAGAUCAGGUUUGACGUCAAGUUUGAGGUCAGGUUUGACGUCAAGUUUGAGGUCAGGUUUGACGUCAAGUUUGAGAUCAGGUUUGACGUCAAGUUUGAGGUCAGGUUUGACGUCAAGUUUGAGGUCAGGUUUGACGUCAAGUUUGAGAUCAGGUUUGACGUCAAGUUUGAGAUCAGGUUUGACGUCAAGUUUGAGGUCAGGUUUGACGUCAAGUUUGAGGUCAGGUUUGACGUCAAGUUUGAGGUCAGGUUUGACGUCAAGUUUGAGAUCCGGUUUGACGUCAAGUUUGAGGUCAGGUUUGACGUCAAGUUUGAGAUCAGGUUUGACGUCAAGUUUGAGGUCAGGUUUGACGUCAAGUUUGAGAUCAGGUUUGACGUCAAGUUUGAGAUCAGGUUUGACGUCAAGUUUGAGGUCAGGUUUGACGUCAAGUUUGAGGUCAGGUUUGACGUCAAGUUUGAGAUCAGGUUUGACGUCAAGUUUGAGAUCAGGUUUGACGUCAAGUUUGAGAUCAGGUUUGACGUCAAGUUUGAGAUCAGGUUUGACGUCAAGUUUGAGGUCAGGUUUGACGUCAAGUUUGAGAUCAGGUUUGACGUCAAGUUUGAGAUCAGGUUUGACGUCAAGUUUGAGAUCAGGUUUGACGUCAAGUUUGAGGUCAGGUUUGACGUCAAGUUUGAGAUCCGGUUUGACGUCAAGUUUGAGAUCAGGUUUGACGUCAAGUUUGAGAUCCGGUUUGACGUCAAGUUUGAGAUCAGGUUUGACGUCAAGUUUGAGAUCCGGUUUGACGUCAAGUUUGAGAUCAGGUUUGACGUCAAGUUUGAGAUCCGGUUUGACGUCAAGUUUGAGGUCAGGUUUGACGUCAAGUUUGAGAUCCGGUUUGACGUCAAGUUUGAGAUCAGGUUUGACGUCAAGUUUGAGAUCAGGUUUGACGUCAAGUUUGAGAUCAGGUUUGACGUCAAGUUUGAGGUCAGGUUUGACGUCAAGUUUGAGAUCCGGUUUGACGUCAAGUUUGAGAUCAGGUUUGACGUCAAGUUUGAGAUCAGGUUUGACGUCAAGUUUGAGGUCAGGUUUGACGUCAAGUUUGAGGUCAGGUUUGACGUCAAGUUUGAGAUCAGGUUUGACGUCAAGUUUGAGAUCAGGUUUGACGUCAAGUUUGAGAUCCGGUUUGACGUCAAGUUUGAGAUCAGGUUUGACGUCAAGUUUGAGAUCCGGUUUGACGUCAAGUUUGAGGUCAGGUUUGACGUCAAGUUUGAGAUCAGGUUUGACGUCAAGUUUGAGGUCAGGUUUGACGUCAAGUUUGAGGUCAGGCUUGACGUCAAGUUUGAGGUCAGGUUUGACGUCAAGUUUGAGAUCCGGUUUGACGUCAAGUUUGAGGUCAGGUUUGACGUCAAGUUUGAGAUCCGGUUUGACGUUAAGUUUGAGAUCCGGUUUGACGUCAAGUUUGAGGUCAGGUUUGACGUCAAGUUUGAGAUCCGGUUUUACGUCAAGUUUGAGAUCAGGUUUGACGUCAAGUUUGAGAUCCGGUUUGACGUCAAGUUUGAGGUCAGGUUUGACGUCAAGUUUGAGAUCCGGUUUGACGUCAAGUUUGAGAUCAGGUUUGACGUCAAGUUUGAGAUCCGGUUUGACGUCAAGUUUGAGGUCAGGUUUGACGUCAAGUUUGAGAUCCGGUUUGACGUCAAGUUUGAGAUCAGGUUUGACGUCAAGUUUGAGAUCAGGUUUGACGUCAAGUUUGAGAUCAGGUUUGACGUCAAGUUUGAGGUCAGGUUUGACGUCAAGUUUGAGAUCAGGUUUGACGUCAAGUUUGAGAUCAGGUUUGACGUCAAGUUUGAGAUCAGGUUUGACGUCAAGUUUGAGAUCAGGUUUGACGUCAAGUUUGAGAUCAGGUUUGACGUCAAGUUUGAGAUCAGGUUUGACGUCAAGUUUGAGAUCAGGUUUGACGUCAAGUUUGAGAUCAGGUUUGACGUCAAGUUUGAGGUCAGGUUUGACGUCAAGUUUGAGGUCAGGUUUGACGUCAAGGUCAGGUUUGACGUCAAGUUUGAGAUCAGGUUUGACGUCAAGUUUGAGAUCAGGUUUGACGUCAAGUUUGAGGUCAGGUUUGACGUCAAGUUUGAGGUCAGGUUUGACGUCAAGUUUGAGGUCAGGUUUGACGUCAAGUUUGAGAUCAGGUUUGACGUCAAGUUUGAGAUCAGGUUUGACGUCAAGUUUGAGAUCAGGUUUGACGUCAAGUUUGAGGUCAGGUUUGACGUCAAGUUUGAGAUCCGGUUUGACGUCAAGUUUGAGAUCCGGUUUGACGUCAAGUUUGAGAUCCGGUUUGACUUCAAGUUUGAGAUCAGGUUUGACGUCAAGUUUGAGGUCAGAUCAAGGUUUGACGUCAAGUUUGAGAUCCGGUUUGACGUCAAGUUUGAGGUCAGGUUUGACGUCAAGUUUGAGAUCCGGUUUGACGUCAAGUUUGAGAUCCGGUUUGACGUCAAGUUUGAGGUCAGGUUUGACGUCAAGUUUGAGAUCCGGUUUGACGUCAAGUUUGAGGUCAGGUUUGACGUCAAGUUUGAGAUCCGGUUUGACGUCAAGUUUGAGGUCAGGUUUGACGUCAAGUUUGAGAUCCGGUUUGACGUCAAGUUUGAGAUCAGGUUUGACGUCAAGUUUGAGGUCAGGUUUGACGUCAAGUUUGAGAUCCGGUUUGACGUCAAGUUUGAGGUCAGGUUUGACGUCAAGUUUGAGAUCCGGUUUGACGUCAAGUUUGAGGUCAGGUUUGACGUCAAGUUUGAGAUCCGGUUUGACGUCAAGUUUGAGAUCAGGUUUGACGUCAAGUUUGAGAUCAGGUUUGACGUCAAGUUUGAGGUCAGGUUUGACGUCAAGUUUGAGAUCAGGUUUGACGUCAAGUUUGAGAUCAGGUUUGACGUCAAGUUUGAGGUCAGGUUUGACGUCAAGUUUGAGGUCAGGUCAGGUUUGGACGUCAAGUUUGAGAUCCGGUUUGACGUCAAGUUUGAGAUCAGGUUUGACGUCAAGUUUGAGAUCCGGUUUGACGUCAAGUUUGAGAUCAGGUUUGACGUCAAGUUUGAGAUCCGGUUUGACGUCAAGUUUGAGGUCAGGUUUGACGUCAAGUUUGAGAUCCGGUUUGACGUCAAGUUUGAGAUCCGGUUUGACGUCAAGUUUGAGGUCAGGUUUGACGUCAAGUUUGAGAUUCGGUUUGACGUCAAGUUUGAGAUCCGGUUUGACGUCACGUUUGAGGUCAGGUUUGACGUCAAGUUUGAGAUCCGGUUUGACGUCAAGUUUGAGGUCAGGUUUGACGUCAAGUUUGAGGUCAGGUUUGACGUCAAGUUUGAGGUCAGGUUUGACGUCAAGUUUGAGGUCAGGUUUGACGUCAAGUUUGAGGUCAGGUUUGACGUCAAGUUUGAGAUCCGGUUUGACGUCAAGUUUGAGGUCAGGUUUGACGUCAAGUUUGAGAUCCGGUUUGACGUCAAGUUUGAGGUCAGGUUUGACGUCAAGUUUGAGAUCCGGUUUGACGUCAAGUUUGAGAUCAGGUUUGACGUCAAGUUUGAGAUCAGGUUUGACGUCAAGUUUGAGGUCAGGUUUGACGUCAAGUUUGAGAUCAGGUUUGACGUCAAGUUUGAGAUCAGGUUUGACGUCAAGUUUGAGGUCAGGUUUGACGUCAAGUUUGAGGUCAGGUUUGACGUCAAGUUUGAGAUCAGGUUUGACGUCAAGUUUGAGGUCAGGUUUGACGUCAAGUUUGAGGUCAGGUUUGACGUCAAGUUUGAGAUCAGGUUUGACGUCAAGUUUGAGAUCAGGUUUGACGUCAAGUUUGAGGUCAGGUUUGACGUCAAGUUUGAGGUCAGGCUUGACGUCAAGUUUGAGGUCAGGUUUGACGUCAAGUUUGAGAUCCGGUUUGACGUCAAGUUUGAGGUCAGGUUUGACGUCAAGUUUGAGAUCCGGUUUGACGUCAAGUUUGAGAUCAGGUUUGACGUCAAGUUUGAGAUCCGGUUUGACGUCAAGUUUGAGAUCAGGUUUGACGUCAAGUUUGAGAUCCGGUUUGACGUCAAGUUUGAGGUCAGGUUUGACGUCAAGUUUGAGAUCCGGUUUGACGUCAAGUUUGAGAUCCGGUUGACGUCUAGUUUGAGAUCCGGUUUGACGUCAAGUUUGAGAUCAGGUUUUGACGUCAAGUUUGAGGUCAGGUUUGACGUCAAGUUUGAGAUCCGGUUUUACGUCAAGUUUGAGAUCCGGUUUGACGUCAAGUUUGAGAUCAGGUUUGACGUCAAGUUUGAGGUCAGGUUUGACGUCAAGUUUGAGGUCAGGUUUGACGUCAAGUUUGAGAUUCGGUUUGACGUCAAGUUUGAGAUCAGGUUUGACGUCAAGUUUGAGGUCAGGUUUGACGUCAAGUUUGAGAUCAGGUUUGACGUCAAGUUUGAGAUCAGGUUUGAAGUCAAGUUUGAGGUCAGGUUUGACGUCAAGUUUGAGGUCAGGUUUGACGUCAAGUUUGAGAUCAGGUUUGACGUCAAGUUUGAGAUCAGGUUUGACGUCAAGUUUGAGAUCCGGUUUUACGUCAAGUUUGAGAUCCGGUUUGACGUCAAGUUUGAGAUCAGGUUUGACGUCAAGUUUGACGUCAAGUUUGAGGUCAGGUUUGACGUCAAGUUUGAGGUCAGGUUGACGAUCAAGUUUGACGUCAAGUUUGAGAUUCGGUUUGACGUCAAGUUUGAGAUCCGGUUUGACGUCACGUUUGAGUUUGAGAUCCGGUUUGACGUCAAGUUUGAGAUCAGGUUUGACGUCAAGUUUGAGGUCAGGUUUGACGUCAAGUUUGAGAUCCGGUUUGACGUCAAGUUUGAGGUCAGGUUUGACGUCAAGUUUGAGAUCCGGUUUGACGUCAAGUUUGAGGUCAGGUUUGACGUCAAGUUUGAGAUCCGGUUUGACGUCAAGUUUGAGGUCAGGUUUGACGUCAAGUUUGAGAUCCGGUUUGACGUCAAGUUUGAGAUCAGGUUUGACGUCAAGUUUGAGAUCAGGUUUGACGUCAAGUUUGAGGUCAGGUUUGACGUCAAGUUUGAGAUCAGGUUUGACGUCAAGUUUGAGAUCAGGUUUGACGUCAAGUUUGAGGUCAGGUUUGACGUCAAGUUUGAGGUCAGGUUUGACGUCAAGUUUGAGAUCAGGUUUGACGUCAAGUUUGAGGUCAGGUUUGACGUCAAGUUUGAGGUCAGGUUUGACGUCAAGUUUGAGAUCAGGUUUGACGUCAAGUUUGAGAUCAGGUUUGACGUCAAGUUUGAGGUCAGGUUUGACGUCAAGUUUGAGGUCAGGCUUGACGUCAAGUUUGAGGUCAGGUUUGACGUCAAGUUUGAGAUCCGGUUUGACGUCAAGUUUGAGGUCAGGUUUGACGUCAAGUUUGAGAUCCGGUUUGACGUCAAGUUUGAGAUCAGGUUUGACGUCAAGUUUGAGAUCCGGUUUGACGUCAAGUUUGAGAUCAGGUUUGACGUCAAGUUUGAGAUCCGGUUUGACGUCAAGUUUGAGGUCAGGUUUGACGUCAAGUUUGAGAUCCGGUUUGACGUCAAGUUUGAGGUCAGGUUUGACGUCAAGUUUGAGAUCCGGUUUGACGUCAAGUUUGAGAUCAGGUUUGACGUCAAGUUUGAGAUCAGGUUUGACGUCAAGUUUGAGGUCAGGUUUGACGUCAAGUUUGAGAUCAGGUUUGACGUCAAGUUUGAGAUCAGGUUUGACGUCAAGUUUGAGGUCAGGUUUGACGUCAAGUUUGAGGUCAGGUUUGACGUCAAGUUUGAGAUCAGGUUUGACGUCAAGUUUGAGGUCAGGUUUGACGUCAAGUUUGAGGUCAGGUUUGACGUCAAGUUUGAGAUCAGGUUUGACGUCAAGUUUGAGAUCAGGUUUGACGUCAAGUUUGAGUUUGAGAUCCGGUUUGACGUCAAGUUUGAGAUCAGGUUUGACGUCAAGUUUGAGGUCAGGUUUGACGUCAAGUUUGAGGUCAGGUUUGACGUCAAGUUUGAGGUCAGGUUUGACGUCAAGUUUGAGGUCAGGUUUGACGUCAAGUUUGAGAUUCGGUUUGACGUCAAGUUUGAGAUCCGGUUUGACGUCACGUUUGAGGUCAGGUUUGACGUCAAGUUUGAGAUCCGGUUUGACGUCAAGUUUGAGGUCAGGUUAGACGUCAAGUUUGAGGUCAGGUUUGACGUCAAGUUUGAGAUCAGGUUUGACGUCAAGUUUGAGGUCAGGUUUGACGUCAAGUUUGAGGUCAGGUUUGACGUCAAGUUUGAGAUCAGGUUUGACGUCAAGUUUGAGAUCAGGUUUGACGUCAAGUUUGAGGUCAGGUUUGACGUCAAGUUUGAGAUCCGGUUUGACGUCAAGUUUGAGAUCCGGUUUGACGUCAAGUUUGAGAUCAGGUUUGACGUCAAGUUUGAGGUCAGGUUUGACGUCAAGUUUGAGAUCAGGUUUGACGUCAAGUUUGAGAUCAGGUUUGACGUCAAGUUUGAGGUCAGGUUUGACGUCAAGUUUGAGGUCAGGUUUGACGUCAAGUUUGAGGUCAGGUUUGACGUCAAGUUUGAGGUCAGGUUUGACGUCAAGUUUGAGAUCAGGUUUGACGUCAAGUUUGAGGUCAGGUUUGACGUCAAGUUUGAGAUCAGGUUUGACGUCAAGUUUGAGGUCAGGUUUGACGUCAAGUUUAGGUUUGACGUCAAGUUUGAGAUCAGGUUUGACGUCAAGUUUGAGAUCAGGUUUGACGUCAAGUUUGAGGUCAGGUUUGACGUCAAGUUUGAGGUCAGGCUUGACGUCAAGUUUGAGGUCAGGUUUGACGUCAAGUUUGAGAUCCGGUUUGACGUCAAGUUUGAGGUCAGGUUUGACGUCAAGUUUGAGAUCCGGUUUGACGUCAAGUUUGAGAUCCGGUUUGACGUCAAGUUUGAGGUCAGGUUUGACGUCAAGUUUGAGAUCCGGUUUGACGUCAAGUUUGAGAUCAGGUUUGACGUCAAGUUUGAGAUCCGGUUUGACGUCAAGUUUGAGAUCAGGUUUGACGUCAAGUUUGAGAUCCGGUUUGACGUCAAGUUUGAGGUCAGGUUUGACGUCAAGUUUGAGAUCCGGUUUGACGUCAAGUUUGAGAUCCGGUUUGACGUCAAGUUUGAGAUCCGGUUUUACGUCAAGUUUGAGAUCCGGUUUGACGUCAAGUUUGAGAUCAGGUUUGACGUCAAGUUUGAGGUCAGGUUUGACGUCAAGUUUGAGGUCAGGUUUGACGUCAAGUUUGAGAUUCGGUUUGACGUCAAGUUUGAGAUCCGGUUUGACGUCACGUUUGAGGUCAGGUUUGACGUCAAGUUUGAGAUCCGGUUUGACGUCAAGUUUGAGGUCAGGUUUGACGUCAAGUUUGAGGUCAGGUUUGACGUCAAGUUUGAGGUCAGGUUUGACGUCAAGUUUGAGGUCAGGUUUGACGUCAAGUUUGAGAUCCGGUUUGACGUCAAGUUUGAGAUCCGGUUUGACGUCAAGUUUGAGAUCCGGUUUGACAUCAAGUUUGAGGUCAGGUUUGACGUCAAGUUUGAGAUCCGGUUUGACGUCAAGUUUGAGGUCAGGUUUGACGUCAAGUUUGAGAUCCGGUUUGACGUCAAGUUUGAGGUCAGGUUUGACGUCAAGUUUGAGAUCCGGUUUGACGUCAAGUUUGAGAUCAGGUUUGACGUCAAGUUUGAGAUCAGGUUUGACGUCAAGUUUGAGGUCAGGUUUGACGUCAAGUUUGAGAUCAGGUUUGACGUCAAGUUUGAGAUCAGGUUUGACGUCAAGUUUGAGGUCAGGUUUGACGUCAAGUUUGAGGUCAGGUUUGACGUCAAGUUUGAGAUCAGGUUUGACGUCAAGUUUGAGGUCAGGUUUGACGUCAAGUUUGAGGUCAGGUUUGACGUCAAGUUUGAGAUCAGGUUUGACGUCAAGUUUGAGAUCAGGUUUGACGUCAAGUUUGAGGUCAGGUUUGACGUCAAGUUUGAGGUCAGGCUUGACGUCAAGUUUGAGGUCAGGUUUGACGUCAAGUUUGAGAUCCGGUUUGACGUCAAGUUUGAGGUCAGGUUUGACGUCAAGUUUGAGAUCCGGUUUGACGUCAAGUUUGAGAUCCGGUUUGACGUCAAGUUUGAGGUCAGGUUUGACGUCAAGUUUGAGGUCAGGUUUGACGUCAAGUUUGAGGUCAGGUUUGACGUCAAGUUUGAGGUCAGGUUUGACGUCAAGUUUGAGAUCCGGUUUGACGUCAAGUUUGAGAUCCGGUUUGACGUCAAGUUUGAGAUCCGGUUUGACAUCAAGUUUGAGGUCAGGUUUGACGUCAAGUUUGAGAUCCGGUUUGACGUCAAGUUUGAGGUCAGGUUUGACGUCAAGUUUGAGAUCCGGUUUGACGUCAAGUUUGAGAUCCGGUUAGACGUCAAGUUUGAGGUCAGGUUUGACGUCAAGUUUGAGAUCAGGUUUGACGUCAAGUUUGAGGUCAGGUUUGACGUCAAGUUUGAGGUCAGGUUUGACGUCAAGUUUGAGAUCAGGUUUGACGUCAAGUUUGAGAUCAGGUUUGACGUCAAGUUUGAGGUCAGGUUUGACGUCAAGUUUGAGAUCCGGUUUGACGUCAAGUUUGAGGUCAGGUUUGACGUCAAGUUUGAGGUCAGGUUUGACGUCAAGUUUGAGAUUCGGUUUGACGUCAAGUUUGAGAUCCGGUUUGACGUCACGUUUGAGGUCAGGUUUGACGUCAAGUUUGAGAUCCGGUUUGACGUCAAGUUUGAGGUCAGGUUAGACGUCAAGUUUGAGGUCAGGUUUGACGUCAAGUUUGAGAUCAGGUUUGACGUCAAGUUUGAGGUCAGGUUUGACGUCAAGUUUGAGGUCAGGUUUGACGUCAAGUUUGAGAUCAGGUUUGACGUCAAGUUUGAGAUCAGGUUUGACGUCAAGUUUGAGGUCAGGUUUGACGUCAAGUUUGAGAUCCGGUUUGACGUCAAGUUUGAGAUCCGGUUUGACGUCAAGUUUGAGAUCCGGUUUGACGUCAAGUUUGAGGUCAGGUUUGACGUCAAGUUUGAGAUCCGGUUUGACGUCAAGUUUGAGGUCAGGUUUGACGUCAAGUUUGAGAUCCGGUUUGACGUCAAGUUUGAGGUCAGGUUUGACGUCAAGUUUGAGAUCCGGUUUGACGUCAAGUUUGAGGUCAGGUUUGACGUCAAGUUUGAGAUUCGGUUUGACGUCAAGUUUGAGAUCCGGUUUGACGUCACGUUUGAGGUCAGGUUUGACGUCAAGUUUGAGAUCCGGUUUGACGUCAAGUUUGAGGUCAGGUUAGACGUCAAGUUUGAGGUCAGGUUUGACGUCAAGUUUGAGAUCAGGUUUGACGUCAAGUUUGAGGUCAGGUUUGACGUCAAGUUUGAGGUCAGGUUUGACGUCAAGUUUGAGAUUCGGUUUGACGUCAAGUUUGAGAUCCGGUUUGACGUCACGUUUGAGGUCAGGUUUGACGUCAAGUUUGAGAUCCGGUUUGACGUCAAGUUUGAGGUCAGGUUUGACGUCAAGUUUGAGGUCAGGUUUGACGUCAAGUUUGAGGUCAGGUUUGACGUCAAGUUUGAGGUCAGGUUUGACGUCAAGUUUGAGAUCCGGUUUUACGUCAAGUUUGAGAUCCGGUUUGACGUCAAGUUUGAGGUCACGUUUGACGUCAAGUUUGAGAUCCGGUUUUACGUCAAGUUUGAGAUCCGGUUUGACGUCAAGUUUGAGAUCAGGUUUGACGUCAAGUUUGAGGUCAGGUUUGACGUCAAGUUUGAGGUCAGGUUUGACGUCAAGUUUGAGAUUCGGUUUGACGUCAAGUUUGAGAUCCGGUUUGACGUCACGUUUGAGGUCAGGUUUGACGUCAAGUUUGAGAUCCGGUUUGACGUCAAGUUUGAGGUCAGGUUUGACGUCAAGUUUGAGGUCAGGUUUGACGUCAAGUUUGAGGUCAGGUUUGACGUCAAGUUUGAGGUCAGGUUUGACGUCAAGUUUGAGAUCCGGUUUGACGUCAAGUUUGAGAUCCGGUUUGACGUCAAGUUUGAGAUCCGGUUUGACGUCAAGUUUGAGGUCAGGUUUGACGUCAAGUUUGAGAUCCGGUUUGACGUCAAGUUUGAGGUCAGGUUUGACGUCAAGUUUGAGAUCCGGUUUGACGUCAAGUUUGAGGUCAGGUUUGACGUCAAGUUUGAGAUCCGGUUUGACGUCAAGUUUGAGAUCAGGUUUGACGUCAAGUUUGAGAUCAGGUUUGACGUCAAGUUUGAGGUCAGGUUUGACGUCAAGUUUGAGAUCAGGUUUGACGUCAAGUUUGAGAUCAGGUUUGACGUCAAGUUGAGGUUUGACGUCAAGUUUGAGGUCAGGUUUGACGUCAAGUUUGAGAUCAGGUUUGACGUCAAGUUUGAGAUCAGGUUUGACGUCAAGUUUGAGGUCAGGUUUGACGUCAAGUUUGAGGUCAGGCUUGACGUCAAGUUUGAGGUCAGGUUUGACGUCAAGUUUGAGAUCCGGUUUGACGUCACGUUUGAGGUCAGGUUUGACGUCAAGUUUGAGAUCCGGUUUGACGUCAAGUUUGAGGUCAGGUUAGACGUCAAGUUUGAGGUCAGGUUUGACGUCAAGUUUGAGAUCAGGUUUGACGUCAAGUUUGAGGUCAGGUUUGACGUCAAGUUUGAGGUCAGGUUUGACGUCAAGUUUGAGAUCAGGUUUGACGUCAAGUUUGAGAUCAGGUUUGACGUCAAGUUUGAGGUCAGGUUUGACGUCAAGUUUGAGAUCCGGUUUGACGUCAAGUUUGAGAUCAGGUUUGACGUCAAGUUUGAGAUCAGGUUUGACGUCAAGUUUGAGGUCAGGUUUGACGUCAAGUUUGAGGUCAGGUUUGACGUCAAGUUUGAGGUCAGGUUUGACGUCAAGUUUGAGGUCAGGUUUGACGUCAAGUUUGAGAUCAGGUUUGACGUCAAGUUUGAGGUCAGGUUUGACGUCAAGUUUGAGAUCAGGUUUGACGUCAAGUUUGAGGUCAGGUUUGACGUCAAGUUUGAGGUCAGGUUUGACGUCAAGUUUGAGAUCAGGUUUGACGUCAAGUUGAGAUCAGGUUUUGACGUCAAGUUUGAGGUCAGGUUUGACGUCAAGUUUGAGGUCAGGCUUGACGUCAAGUUUGAGGUCAGGUUUGACGUCAAGUUUGAGAUCCGGUUUGACGUCAAGUUUGAGGUCAGGUUUGACGUCAAGUUUGAGAUCCGGUUUGACGUCAAGUUUGAGAUCCGGUUUGACGUCAAGUUUGAGGUCAGGUUUGACGUCAAGUUUGAGAUCCGGUUUGACGUCAAGUUUGAGAUCAGGUUUGACGUCAAGUUUGAGAUCCGGUUUGACGUCAAGUUUGAGAUCAGGUUUGACGUCAAGUUUGAGAUCCGGUUUGACGUCAAGUUUGAGGUCAGGUUUGACGUCAAGUUUGAGGUCAGGUUUGACGUCAAGUUUGAGAUUCGGUUUGACGUCAAGUUUGAGAUCCGGUUUGACGUCACGUUUGAGGUCAGGUUUGACGUCAAGUUUGAGAUCCGGUUUGACGUCAAGUUUGAGGUCAGGUUUGACGUCAAGUUUGAGGUCAGGUUUGACGUCAAGUUUGAGGUCAGGUUUGACGUCAAGUUUGAGAUUCGGUUUGACGUCAAGUUUGAGAUCCGGUUUGACGUCACGUUUGAGGUCAGGUUUGACGUCAAGUUUGAGAUCCGGUUUGACGUCAAGUUUGAGGUCAGGUUAGACGUCAAGUUUGAGGUCAGGUUUGACGUCAAGUUUGAGAUCAGGUUUGACGUCAAGUUUGAGGUCAGGUUUGACGUCAAGUUUGAGGUCAGGUUUGACGUCAAGUUUGAGAUCCGGUUUUACGUCAAGUUUGAGAUCCGGUUUGACGUCAAGUUUGAGAUCAGGUUUGACGUCAAGUUUGAGGUCAGGUUUGACGUCAAGUUUGAGGUCAGGUUUGACGUCAAGUUUGAGAUUCGGUUUGACGUCAAGUUUGAGAUCCGGUUUGACGUCACGUUUGAGGUCAGGUUUGACGUCAAGUUUGAGAUCCGGUUUGACGUCAAGUUUGAGGUCAGGUUAGACGUCAAGUUUGAGGUCAGGUUUGACGUCAAGUUUGAGAUCAGGUUUGACGUCAAGUUUGAGGUCAGGUUUGACGUCAAGUUUGAGGUCAGGUUUGACGUCAAGUUUGAGAUUCGGUUUGACGUCAAGUUUGAGAUCCGGUUUGACGUCACGUUUGAGGUCAGGUUUGACGUCAAGUUUGAGAUCCGGUUUGACGUCAAGUUUGAGGUCAGGUUUGACGUCAAGUUUGAGGUCAGGUUUGACGUCAAGUUUGAGUUUGAGAUCCGGUUUGACGUCAAGUUUGAGAUCCGGUUUGACGUCAAGUUUGAGAUCCGGUUUGACGUCAAGUUUGAGGUCAGGUUUGACGUCAAGUUUGAGAUCCGGUUUGACGUCAAGUUUGAGAUCCGGUUUGACGUCAAGUUUGAGGUCAGGUUUGACGUCAAGUUUGAGGUCAGGUUUGACGUCAAGUUUGAGAUUCGGUUUGACGUCAAGUUUGAGAUCCGGUUUGACGUCACGUUUGAGGUCAGGUUUGACGUCAAGUUUGAGAUCCGGUUUGACGUCAAGUUUGAGGUCAGGUUUGACGUCAAGUUUGAGGUCAGGUUUGACGUCAAGUUUGAGGUCAGGUUUGACGUCAAGUUUGAGGUCAGGUUUGACGUCAAGUUUGAGAUCCGGUUUGACGUCAAGUUUGAGAUCCGGUUUGACGUCAAGUUUGAGAUCCGGUUUGACGUCAAGUUUGAGGUCAGGUUUGACGUCAAGUUUGAGAUCCGGUUUGACGUCAAGUUUGAGGUCAGGUUUGACGUCAAGUUUGAGAUCCGGUUUGACGUCAAGUUUGAGGUCAGGUUUGACGUCAAGUUUGAGAUCCGGUUUGACGUCAAGUUUGAGAUCAGGUUUGACGUCAAGUUUGAGAUCAGGUUUGACGUCAAGUUUGAGGUCAGGUUUGACGUCAAGUUUGAGAUCAGGUUUGACGUCAAGUUUGAGAUCAGGUUUGACGUCAAGUUUGAGGUCAGGUUUGACGUCAAGUUUGAGGUCAGGUUUGACGUCAAGUUUGAGAUCAGGUUUGACGUCAAGUUUGAGGUCAGGUUUGACGUCAAGUUUGAGGUCAGGUUUGACGUCAAGUUUGAGAUCAGGUUUGACGUCAAGUUUGAGAUCAGGUUUGACGUCAAGUUUGAGGUCAGGUUUGACGUCAAGUUUGAGGUCAGGCUUGACGUCAAGUUUGAGGUCAGGUUUGACGUCAAGUUUGAGAUCCGGUUUGACGUCACGUUUGAGGUCAGGUUUGACGUCAAGUUUGAGAUCCGGUUUGACGUCAAGUUUGAGGUCAGGUUAGACGUCAAGUUUGAGGUCAGGUUUGACGUCAAGUUUGAGAUCAGGUUUGACGUCAAGUUUGAGGUCAGGUUUGACGUCAAGUUUGAGGUCAGGUUUGACGUCAAGUUUGAGAUCAGGUUUGACGUCAAGUUUGAGAUCAGGUUUGACGUCAAGUUUGAGGUCAGGUUUGACGUCAAGUUUGAGAUCCGGUUUGACGUCAAGUUUGAGAUCCGGUUUGACGUCAAGUUUGAGAUCAGGUUUGACGUCAAGUUUGAGGUCAGGUUUGACGUCAAGUUUGAGAUCAGGUUUGACGUCAAGUUUGAGAUCAGGUUUGACGUCAAGUUUGAGGUCAGGUUUGACGUCAAGUUUGAGGUCAGGUUUGACGUCAAGUUUGAGGUCAGGUUUGACGUCAAGUUUGAGGUCAGGUUUGACGUCAAGUUUGAGAUCAGGUUUGACGUCAAGUUUGAGGUCAGGUUUGACGUCAAGUUUGAGAUCAGGUUUGACGUCAAGUUUGAGGUCAGGUUUGACGUCAAGUUUGAGGUCAGGUUUGACGUCAAGUUUGAGAUCAGGUUUGACGUCAAGUUUGAGGUCAGGUUUGACGUCAAGUUUGAGGUCAGGUUUGACGUCAAGUUUGAGAUCCGGUUUGACGUCAAGUUUGAGAUCCGGUUUGACGUCAAGUUUGAGAUCCGGUUUGACGUCAAGUUUGAGGUCAGGUUUGACGUCAAGUUUGAGAUCCGGUUUGACGUCAAGUUUGAGGUCAGGUUUGACGUCAAGUUUGAGAUCCGGUUUGACGUCAAGUUUGAGGUCAGGUUUGACGUCAAGUUUGAGAUCCGGUUUGACGUCAAGUUUGAGAUCCGGUUUUACGUCAAGUUUGAGAUCCGGUUUGACGUCAAGUUUGAGAUCAGGUUUGACGUCAAGUUUGAGGUCAGGUUUGACGUCAAGUUUGAGGUCAGGUUUGACGUCAAGUUUGAGAUUCGGUUUGACGUCAAGUUUGAGAUCCGGUUUGACGUCACGUUUGAGGUCAGGUUUGACGUCAAGUUUGAGAUCCGGUUUGACGUCAAGUUUGAGGUCAGGUUUGACGUCAAGUUUGAGGUCAGGUUUGACGUCAAGUUUGAGGUCAGGUUUGACGUCAAGUUUGAGGUCAGGUUUGACGUCAAGUUUGAGAUUCGGUUUGACGUCAAGUUUGAGAUCCGGUUUGACGUCACGUUUGAGGUCAGGUUUGACGUCAAGUUUGAGAUCCGGUUUGACGUCAAGUUUGAGGUCAGGUUAGACGUCAAGUUUGAGGUCAGGUUUGACGUCAAGUUUGAGAUCAGGUUUGACGUCAAGUUUGAGAUCAGGUUUGACGUCAAGUUUGAGGUCAGGUUUGACGUCAAGUUUGAGAUCCGGUUUUACGUCACGUUUGAGGUCAGGUUUGACGUCAAGUUUGAGAUCCGGUUUGACGUCAAGUUUGAGGUCAGGUUAGACGUCAAGUUUGAGGUCAGGUUUGACGUCAAGUUUGAGAUCAGGUUUGACGUCAAGUUUGAGGUCAGGUUUGACGUCAAGUUUGAGGUCAGGUUUGACGUCAAGUUUGAGAUCAGGUUUGACGUCAAGUUUGAGAUCAGGUUUGACGUCAAGUUUGAGGUCAGGUUUGACGUCAAGUUUGAGAUCCGGUUUGACGUCAAGUUUGAGAUCCGGUUUGACGUCAAGUUUGAGAUCAGGUUUGACGUCAAGUUUGAGGUCAGGUUUGACGUCAAGUUUGAGAUCAGGUUUGACGUCAAGUUUGAGGUCAGGUUUGACGUCAAGUUUGAGAUCAGGUUUGACGUCAAGUUUGAGAUCAGGUUUGACGUCAAGUUUGAGGUCAGGUUUGACGUCAAGUUUGAGGUCAGGUUUGACGUCAAGUUUGAGAUCAGGUUUGACGUCAAGUUUGAGAUCAGGUUUGACGUCAAGUUUGAGAUCCGGUUUGACGUCAAGUUUGAGAUCCGGUUUGACGUCAAGUUUGAGGUCAGGUUAGACGUCAAGUUUGAGGUCAGGUUUGACGUCAAGUUUGAGAUCAGGUUUGACGUCAAGUUUGAGAUCAGGUUUGACGUCAAGUUUGAGGUCAGGUUUGACGUCAAGUUUGAGAUCCGGUUUUACGUCACGUUUGAGGUCAGGUUUGACGUCAAGUUUGAGAUCCGGUUUGACGUCAAGUUUGAGGUCAGGUUUGACGUCAAGUUUGAGAUCCGGUUUGACGUCAAGUUUGAGAUCAGGUUUGACGUCAAGUUUGAGAUCCGGUUUGACGUCAAGUUUGAGAUCAGGUUUGACGUCAAGUUUGAGAUCCGGUUUGACGUCAAGUUUGAGGUCAGGUUUGACGUCAAGUUUGAGAUCCGGUUUGACGUCAAGUUUGAGGUCAGGUUUGACGUCAAGUUUGAGAUCCGGUUUGACGUCAAGUUUGAGAUCAGGUUUGACGUCAAGUUUGAGAUCAGGUUUGACGUCAAGUUUGAGGUCAGGUUUGACGUCAAGUUUGAGAUCAGGUUUGACGUCAAGUUUGAGAUCAGGUUUGACGUCAAGUUUGAGGUCAGGUUUGACGUCAAGUUUGAGGUCAGGUUUGACGUCAAGUUUGAGAUCAGGUUUGACGUCAAGUUUGAGGUCAGGUUUGACGUCAAGUUUGAGGUCAGGUUUGACGUCAAGUUUGAGAUCAGGUUUGACGUCAAGUUUGAGAUCAGGUUUGACGUCAAGUUUGAGGUCAGGUUUGACGUCAAGUUUGAGGUCAGGCUUGACGUCAAGUUUGAGGUCAGGUUUGACGUCAAGUUUGAGAUCCGGUUUGACGUCAAGUUUGAGAUCAGGUUUGACGUCAAGUUUGAGAUCCGGUUUGACGUCAAGUUUGAGGUCAGGUUUGACGUCAAGUUUGAGAUCCGGUUUGACGUCAAGUUUGAGGUCAGGUUUGACGUCAAGUUUGAGGUCAGGUUUGACGUCAAGUUUGAGGUCAGGUUUGACGUCAAGUUUGAGAUUCGGUUUGACGUCAAGUUUGAGAUCCGGUUUGACGUCACGUUUGAGGUCAGGUUUGACGUCAAGUUUGAGAUCCGGUUUGACGUCAAGUUUGAGGUCAGGUUAGACGUCAAGUUUGAGGUCAGGUUUGACGUCAAGUUUGAGAUCAGGUUUGACGUCAAGUUUGAGGUCAGGUUUGACGUCAAGUUUGAGGUCAGGUUUGACGUCAAGUUUGAGAUCAGGUUUGACGUCAAGUUUGAGAUCAGGUUUGACGUCAAGUUUGAGGUCAGGUUUGACGUCAAGUUUGAGAUCCGGUUUGACGUCAAGUUUGAGAUCCGGUUUGACGUCAAGUUUGAGAUCAGGUUUGACGUCAAGUUUGAGGUCAGGUUUGACGUCAAGUUUGAGGUCAGGUUUGACGUCAAGUUUGAGGUCAGGUUUGACGUCAAGUUUGAGGUCAGGUUUGACGUCAAGUUUGAGAUCAGGUUUGACGUCAAGUUUGAGGUCAGGUUUGACGUCAAGUUUGAGAUCAGGUUUGACGUCAAGUUUGAGGUCAGGUUUGACGUCAAGUUUGAGGUCAGGUUUGACGUCAAGUUUGAGAUCAGGUUUGACGUCAAGUUUGAGGUCAGGUUUGACGUCAAGUUUGAGGUCAGGUUUGACGUCAAGUUUGAGAUCAGGUUUGACGUCAAGUUUGAGAUCAGGUUUGACGUCAAGUUUGAGGUCAGGUUUGACGUCAAGUUUGAGGUCAGGCUUGACGUCAAGUUUGAGGUCAGGUUUGACGUCAAGUUUGAGAUCCGGUUUGACGUCAAGUUUGAGGUCAGGUUUGACGUCAAGUUUGAGAUCCGGUUUGACGUCAAGUUUGAGAUCCGGUUUGACGUCAAGUUUGAGGUCAGGUUUGACGUCAAGUUUGAGAUCCGGUUUGACGUCAAGUUUGAGAUCAGGUUUGACGUCAAGUUUGAGAUCCGGUUUGACGUCAAGUUUGAGAUCAGGUUUGACGUCAAGUUUGAGAUCCGGUUUGACGUCAAGUUUGAGGUCAGGUUUGACGUCAAGUUUGAGAUCCGGUUUGACGUCAAGUUUGAGAUCCGGUUUGACGUCAAGUUUGAGAUCCGGUUUUACGUCAAGUUUGAGAUCCGGUUUGACGUCAAGUUUGAGAUCAGGUUUGACGUCAAGUUUGAGGUCAGGUUUGACGUCAAGUUUGAGGUCAGGUUUGACGUCAAGUUUGAGAUUCGGUUUGACGUCAAGUUUGAGAUCCGGUUUGACGUCACGUUUGAGGUCAGGUUUGACGUCAAGUUUGAGAUCCGGUUUGACGUCAAGUUUGAGGUCAGGUUUGACGUCAAGUUUGAGGUCAGGUUUGACGUCAAGUUUGAGGUCAGGUUUGACGUCAAGUUUGAGGUCAGGUUUGACGUCAAGUUUGAGAUCCGGUUUGACGUCAAGUUUGAGAUCCGGUUUGACGUCAAGUUUGAGAUCCGGUUUGACAUCAAGUUUGAGGUCAGGUUUGACGUCAAGUUUGAGAUCCGGUUUGACGUCAAGUUUGAGGUCAGGUUUGACGUCAAGUUUGAGAUCCGGUUUGACGUCAAGUUUGAGGUCAGGUUUGACGUCAAGUUUGAGAUCCGGUUUGACGUCAAGUUUGAGAUCAGGUUUGACGUCAAGUUUGAGAUCAGGUUUGACGUCAAGUUUGAGGUCAGGUUUGACGUCAAGUUUGAGAUCAGGUUUGACGUCAAGUUUGAGAUCAGGUUUGACGUCAAGUUUGAGGUCAGGUUUGACGUCAAGUUUGAGGUCAGGUUUGACGUCAAGUUUGAGAUCAGGUUUGACGUCAAGUUUGAGGUCAGGUUUGACGUCAAGUUUGAGGUCAGGUUUGACGUCAAGUUUGAGAUCAGGUUUGACGUCAAGUUUGAGAUCAGGUUUGACGUCAAGUUUGAGGUCAGGUUUGACGUCAAGUUUGAGGUCAGGCUUGACGUCAAGUUUGAGGUCAGGUUUGACGUCAAGUUUGAGAUCCGGUUUGACGUCAAGUUUGAGGUCAGGUUUGACGUCAAGUUUGAGAUCCGGUUUGACGUCAAGUUUGAGAUCCGGUUUGACGUCAAGUUUGAGGUCAGGUUUGACGUCAAGUUUGAGGUCAGGUUUGACGUCAAGUUUGAGGUCAGGUUUGACGUCAAGUUUGAGGUCAGGUUUGACGUCAAGUUUGAGAUCCGGUUUGACGUCAAGUUUGAGAUCCGGUUUGACGUCAAGUUUGAGAUCCGGUUUGACAUCAAGUUUGAGGUCAGGUUUGACGUCAAGUUUGAGAUCCGGUUUGACGUCAAGUUUGAGGUCAGGUUUGACGUCAAGUUUGAGAUCCGGUUUGACGUCAAGUUUGAGGUCAGGUUUGACGUCAAGUUUGAGAUCCGGUUUGACGUCAAGUUUGAGAUCAGGUUUGACGUCAAGUUUGAGAUCAGGUUUGACGUCAAGUUUGAGGUCAGGUUUGACGUCAAGUUUGAGAUCAGGUUUGACGUCAAGUUUGAGAUCAGGUUUGACGUCAAGUUUGAGGUCAGGUUUGACGUCAAGUUUGAGGUCAGGUUUGACGUCAAGUUUGAGAUCAGGUUUGACGUCAAGUUUGAGGUCAGGUUUGACGUCAAGUUUGAGGUCAGGUUUGACGUCAAGUUUGAGAUCAGGUUUGACGUCAAGUUUGAGAUCAGGUUUGACGUCAAGUUUGAGGUCAGGUUUGACGUCAAGUUUGAGGUCAGGCUUGACGUCAAGUUUGAGGUCAGGUUUGACGUCAAGUUUGAGAUCCGGUUUGACGUCAAGUUUGAGGUCAGGUUUGACGUCAAGUUUGAGAUCCGGUUUGACGUCAAGUUUGAGAUCCGGUUUGACGUCAAGUUUGAGGUCAGGUUUGACGUCAAGUUUGAGAUCCGGUUUGACGUCAAGUUUGAGAUCAGGUUUGACGUCAAGUUUGAGAUCCGGUUUGACGUCAAGUUUGAGAUCAGGUUUGACGUCAAGUUUGAGAUCCGGUUUGACGUCAAGUUUGAGGUCAGGUUUGACGUCAAGUUUGAGAUCCGGUUUGACGUCAAGUUUGAGAUCCGGUUUGACGUCAAGUUUGAGAUCCGGUUUUACGUCAAGUUUGAGAUCCGGUUUGACGUCAAGUUUGAGGUCAGGUUUGACGUCAAGUUUGAGAUUCGGUUUGACGUCAAGUUUGAGAUCCGGUUUGACGUCACGUUUGAGGUCAGGUUUGACGUCAAGUUUGAGAUCCGGUUUGACGUCAAGUUUGAGGUCAGGUUUGACGUCAAGUUUGAGGUCAGGUUUGACGUCAAGUUUGAGGUCAGGUUUGACGUCAAGUUUGAGGUCAGGUUUGACGUCAAGUUUGAGAUCCGGUUUGACGUCAAGUUUGAGAUCCGGUUUGACGUCAAGUUUGAGGUCAGGUUUGACGUCAAGUUUGAGAUCCGGUUUUACGUCAAGUUUGAGAUCCGGUUUGACGUCAAGUUUGAGAUCAGGUUUGACGUCAAGUUUGAGGUCAGGUUUGACGUCAAGUUUGAGGUCAGGUUUGACGUCAAGUUUGAGAUUCGGUUUGACGUCAAGUUUGAGAUCCGGUUUGACGUCACGUUUGAGGUCAGGUUUGACGUCAAGUUUGAGAUCCGGUUUGACGUCAAGUUUGAGGUCAGGUUUGACGUCAAGUUUGAGGUCAGGUUUGACGUCAAGUUUGAGGUCAGGUUUGACGUCAAGUUUGAGUUUGAGAUCCGGUUUGACGUCAAGUUUGAGAUCAGGUUUGACGUCAAGUUUGAGGUCAGGUUUGACGUCAAGUUUGAGGUCAGGUUUGACGUCAAGUUUGAGAUUCGGUUUGACGUCAAGUUUGAGAUCCGGUUUGACGUCACGUUUGAGGUCAGGUUUGACGUCAAGUUUGAGAUCCGGUUUGACGUCAAGUUUGAGGUCAGGUUUGACGUCAAGUUUGAGGUCAGGUUUGACGUCAAGUUUGAGGUCAGGUUUGACGUCAAGUUUGAGGUCAGGUUUGACGUCAAGUUUGAGAUCCGGUUUGACGUCAAGUUUGAGAUCCGGUUUGACGUCAAGUUUGAGAUCCGGUUUGACGUCAAGUUUGAGGUCAGGUUUGACGUCAAGUUUGAGAUCCGGUUUGACGUCAAGUUUGAGGUCAGGUUUGACGUCAAGUUUGAGAUCCGGUUUGACGUCAAGUUUGAGGUCAGGUUUGACGUCAAGUUUGAGAUCCGGUUUGACGUCAAGUUUGAGAUCAGGUUUGACGUCAAGUUUGAGAUCAGGUUUGACGUCAAGUUUGAGGUCAGGUUUGACGUCAAGUUUGAGAUCAGGUUUGACGUCAAGUUUGAGAUCAGGUUUGACGUCAAGUUUGAGGUCAGGUUUGACGUCAAGUUUGAGGUCAGGUUUGACGUCAAGUUUGAGAUCAGGUUUGACGUCAAGUUUGAGGUCAGGUUUGACGUCAAGUUUGAGGUCAGGUUUGACGUCAAGUUUGAGAUCAGGUUUGACGUCAAGUUUGAGAUCAGGUUUGACGUCAAGUUUGAGGUCAGGUUUGACGUCAAGUUUGAGGUCAGGCUUGACGUCAAGUUUGAGGUCAGGUUUGACGUCAAGUUUGAGAUCCGGUUUGACGUCAAGUUUGAGGUCAGGUUUGACGUCAAGUUUGAGAUCCGGUUUGACGUCAAGUUUGAGAUCAGGUUUGACGUCAAGUUUGAGAUCCGGUUUGACGUCAAGUUUGAGAUCAGGUUUGACGUCAAGUUUGAGAUCCGGUUUGACGUCAAGUUUGAGGUCAGGUUUGACGUCAAGUUUGAGAUCCGGUUUGACGUCAAGUUUGAGGUCAGGUUUGACGUCAAGUUUGAGAUCCGGUUUGACGUCAAGUUUGAGAUCAGGUUUGACGUCAAGUUUGAGAUCAGGUUUGACGUCAAGUUUGAGGUCAGGUUUGACGUCAAGUUUGAGAUCAGGUUUGACGUCAAGUUUGAGAUCAGGUUUGACGUCAAGUUUGAGGUCAGGUUUGACGUCAAGUUUGAGGUCAGGUUUGACGUCAAGUUUGAGAUCAGGUUUGACGUCAAGUUUGAGGUCAGGUUUGACGUCAAGUUUGAGGUCAGGUUUGACGUCAAGUUUGAGAUCAGGUUUGACGUCAAGUUUGAGAUCAGGUUUGACGUCAAGUUUGAGGUCAGGUUUGACGUCAAGUUUGAGGUCAGGCUUGACGUCAAGUUUGAGGUCAGGUUUGACGUCAAGUUUGAGAUCCGGUUUGACGUCAAGUUUGAGAUCAGGUUUGACGUCAAGUUUGAGAUCCGGUUUGACGUCAAGUUUGAGGUCAGGUUUGACGUCAAGUUUGAGAUCCGGUUUGACGUCAAGUUUGAGGUCAGGUUUGACGUCAAGUUUGAGGUCAGGUUUGACGUCAAGUUUGAGGUCAGGUUUGACGUCAAGUUUGAGAUUCGGUUUGACGUCAAGUUUGAGAUCCGGUUUGACGUCACGUUUGAGGUCAGGUUUGACGUCAAGUUUGAGAUCCGGUUUGACGUCAAGUUUGAGGUCAGGUUAGACGUCAAGUUUGAGGUCAGGUUUGACGUCAAGUUUGAGAUCAGGUUUGACGUCAAGUUUGAGGUCAGGUUUGACGUCAAGUUUGAGGUCAGGUUUGACGUCAAGUUUGAGAUCAGGUUUGACGUCAAGUUUGAGAUCAGGUUUGACGUCAAGUUUGAGGUCAGGUUUGACGUCAAGUUUGAGAUCCGGUUUGACGUCAAGUUUGAGAUCCGGUUUGACGUCAAGUUUGAGAUCCGGUUUGACGUCAAGUUUGAGAUCAGGUUUGACGUCAAGUUUGAGGUCAGGUUUGACGUCAAGUUUGAGGUCAGGUUUGACGUCAAGUUUGAGAUUCGGUUUGACGUCAAGUUUGAGAUCCGGUUUGACGUCACGUUUGAGGUCAGGUUUGACGUCAAGUUUGAGAUCCGGUUUGACGUCAAGUUUGAGGUCAGGUUAGACGUCAAGUUUGAGGUCAGGUUUGACGUCAAGUUUGAGAUCAGGUUUGACGUCAAGUUUGAGGUCAGGUUUGACGUCAAGUUUGAGGUCAGGUUUGACGUCAAGUUUGAGAUCAGGUUUGACGUCAAGUUUGAGAUCAGGUUUGACGUCAAGUUUGAGGUCAGGUUUGACGUCAAGUUUGAGAUCCGGUUUGACGUCAAGUUUGAGAUCCGGUUUGACGUCAAGUUUGAGAUCCGGUUUGACGUCAAGUUUGAGAUCAGGUUUGACGUCAAGUUUGAGGUCAGGUUUGACGUCAAGUUUGAGGUCAGGUUUGACGUCAAGUUUGAGGUCAGGUUUGACGUCAAGUUUGAGAUCCGGUUUGACGUCAAGUUUGAGAUCCGGUUUGACGUCAAGUUUGAGAUCCGGUUUGACGUCAAGUUUGAGGUCAGGUUUGACGUCAAGUUUGAGAUCCGGUUUGACGUCAAGUUUGAGGUCAGGUUUGACGUCAAGUUUGAGAUCCGGUUUGACGUCAAGUUUGAGGUCAGGUUUGACGUCAAGUUUGAGAUCCGGUUUGACGUCAAGUUUGAGAUCCGGUUUUACGUCAAGUUUGAGAUCCGGUUUGACGUCAAGUUUGAGAUCAGGUUUGACGUCAAGUUUGAGGUCAGGUUUGACGUCAAGUUUGAGGUCAGGUUUGACGUCAAGUUUGAGAUUCGGUUUGACGUCAAGUUUGAGAUCCGGUUUGACGUCACGUUUGAGGUCAGGUUUGACGUCAAGUUUGAGAUCCGGUUUGACGUCAAGUUUGAGGUCAGGUUAGACGUCAAGUUUGAGGUCAGGUUUGACGUCAAGUUUGAGAUCAGGUUUGACGUCAAGUUUGAGGUCAGGUUUGACGUCAAGUUUGAGGUCAGGUUUGACGUCAAGUUUGAGAUCAGGUUUGACGUCAAGUUUGAGAUCAGGUUUGACGUCAAGUUUGAGGUCAGGUUUGACGUCAAGUUUGAGGUCAGGCUUGACGUCAAGUUUGAGGUCAGGUUUGACGUCAAGUUUGAGAUCCGGUUUGACGUCAAGUUUGAGGUCAGGUUUGACGUCAAGUUUGAGGUCAGGUGUGACGUCGAGUUUGAGAUCAGGUUUGACGUCAAGUUUGAGAUCCGGUUUGACGUCAAGUUUGAGGUCAGGUUUGACGUCAAGUUUGAGGUCAGGUUUGACGUCAAGUUUGAGGUCAGGUUUGACGUCAAGUUUGAGGUCAGGUUUGACGUCAAGUUUGAGAUCCGGUUUGACGUCAAGUUUGAGAUCCGGUUUGACGUCAAGUUUGAGAUCCGGUUUGACGUCAAGUUUGAGGUCAGGUUUGACGUCAAGUUUGAGAUCCGGUUUGACGUCAAGUUUGAGGUCAGGUUUGACGUCAAGUUUGAGAUCCGGUUUGACGUCAAGUUUGAGGUCAGGUUUGACGUCAAGUUUGAGAUCCGGUUUGACGUCAAGUUUGAGAUCAGGUUUGACGUCAAGUUUGAGAUCAGGUUUGACGUCAAGUUUGAGGUCAGGUUUGACGUCAAGUUUGAGAUCAGGUUUGACGUCAAGUUUGAGAUCAGGUUUGACGUCAAGUUUGAGGUCAGGUUUGACGUCAAGUUUGAGGUCAGGUUUGACGUCAAGUUUGAGAUCAGGUUUGACGUCAAGUUUGAGGUCAGGUUUGACGUCAAGUUUGAGGUCAGGUUUGACGUCAAGUUUGAGAUCAGGUUUGACGUCAAGUUUGAGAUCAGGUUUGACGUCAAGUUUGAGGUCAGGUUUGACGUCAAGUUUGAGGUCAGGCUUGACGUCAAGUUUGAGGUCAGGUUUGACGUCAAGUUUGAGAUCCGGUUUGACGUCAAGUUUGAGGUCAGGUUUGACGUCAAGUUUGAGAUCCGGUUUGACGUCAAGUUUGAGAUCAGGUUUGACGUCAAGUUUGAGAUCCGGUUUGACGUCAAGUUUGAGAUCAGGUUUGACGUCAAGUUUGAGAUCCGGUUUGACGUCAAGUUUGAGGUCAGGUUUGACGUCAAGUUUGAGAUCCGGUUUGACGUCAAGUUUGAGGUCAGGUUUGACGUCAAGUUUGAGAUCCGGUUUGACGUCAAGUUUGAGAUCAGGUUUGACGUCAAGUUUGAGAUCAGGUUUGACGUCAAGUUUGAGGUCAGGUUUGACGUCAAGUUUGAGAUCAGGUUUGACGUCAAGUUUGAGAUCAGGUUUGACGUCAAGUUUGAGGUCAGGUUUGACGUCAAGUUUGAGGUCAGGUUUGACGUCAAGUUUGAGAUCAGGUUUGACGUCAAGUUUGAGGUCAGGUUUGACGUCAAGUUUGAGGUCAGGUUUGACGUCAAGUUUGAGAUCAGGUUUGACGUCAAGUUUGAGAUCAGGUUUGACGUCAAGUUUGAGGUCAGGUUUGACGUCAAGUUUGAGGUCAGGCUUGACGUCAAGUUUGAGGUCAGGUUUGACGUCAAGUUUGAGAUCCGGUUUGACGUCAAGUUUGAGGUCAGGUUUGACGUCAAGUUUGAGAUCCGGUUUGACGUCAAGUUUGAGAUCAGGUUUGACGUCAAGUUUGAGAUCCGGUUUGACGUCAAGUUUGAGGUCAGGUUUGACGUCAAGUUUGAGAUCCGGUUUGACGUCAAGUUUGAGAUCCGGUUUUACGUCAAGUUUGAGAUCCGGUUUGACGUCAAGUUUGAGAUCAGGUUUGACGUCAAGUUUGAGGUCAGGUUUGACGUCAAGUUUGAGGUCAGGUUUGACGUCAAGUUUGAGAUUCGGUUUGACGUCAAGUUUGAGAUCCGGUUUGACGUCACGUUUGAGGUCAGGUUUGACGUCAAGUUUGAGAUCCGGUUUGACGUCAAGUUUGAGGUCAGGUUAGACGUCAAGUUUGAGGUCAGGUUUGACGUCAAGUUUGAGAUCAGGUUUGACGUCAAGUUUGAGGUCAGGUUUGACGUCAAGUUUGAGGUCAGGUUUGACGUCAAGUUUGAGAUCAGGUUUGACGUCAAGUUUGAGAUCAGGUUUGACGUCAAGUUUGAGGUCAGGUUUGACGUCAAGUUUGAGGUCAGGCUUGACGUCAAGUUUGAGGUCAGGUUUGACGUCAAGUUUGAGAUCCGGUUUGACGUUAAGUUUGAGGUCAGGUUUGACGUCAAGUUUGAGAUCCGGUUUGACGUCAAGUUUGAGAUCAGGUUUGACGUCAAGUUUGAGAUCCGGUUUGACGUCAAGUUUGAGAUCAGGUUUGACGUCAAGUUUGAGAUCCGGUUUGACGUCAAGUUUGAGGUCAGGUUUGACGUCAAGUUUGAGAUCCGGUUUGACGUCAAGUUUGAGGUCAGGUUUGACGUCAAGUUUGAGAUCCGGUUUGACGUCAAGUUUGAGAUCAGGUUUGACGUCAAGUUUGAGAUCAGGUUUGACGUCAAGUUUGAGGUCAGGUUUGACGUCAAGUUUGAGAUCAGGUUUGACGUCAAGUUUGAGAUCAGGUUUGACGUCAAGUUUGAGGUCAGGUUUGACGUCAAGUUUGAGGUCAGGUUUGACGUCAAGUUUGAGAUCAGGUUUGACGUCAAGUUUGAGGUCAGGUUUGACGUCAAGUUUGAGGUCAGGUUUGACGUCAAGUUUGAGAUCAGGUUUGACGUCAAGUUUGAGAUCAGGUUUGACGUCAAGUUUGAGGUCAGGUUUGACGUCAAGUUUGAGGUCAGGCUUGACGUCAAGUUUGAGGUCAGGUUUGACGUCAAGUUUGAGAUCCGGUUUGACGUCAAGUUUGAGGUCAGGUUUGACGUCAAGUUUGAGAUCCGGUUUGACGUCAAGUUUGAGAUCAGGUUUGACGUCAAGUUUGAGAUCCGGUUUGACGUCAAGUUUGAGAUCAGGUUUGACGUCAAGUUUGAGAUCCGGUUUGACGUCAAGUUUGAGGUCAGGUUUGACGUCAAGUUUGAGAUCCGGUUUGACGUCAAGUUUGAGAUCCGGUUUUACGUCAAGUUUGAGAUCCGGUUUGACGUCAAGUUUGAGAUCAGGUUUGACGUCAAGUUUGAGGUCAGGUUUGACGUCAAGUUUGAGAUUCGGUUUGACGUCAAGUUUGAGAUCCGGUUUGACGUCACGUUUGAGGUCAGGUUUGACGUCAAGUUUGAGAUCCGGUUUGACGUCAAGUUUGAGGUCAGGUUUGACGUCAAGUUUGAGGUCAGGUUUGACGUCAAGUUUGAGGUCAGGUUUGACGUCAAGUUUGAGAUCAGGUUUGACGUCAAGUUUGAGGUCAGGUUUGACGUCAAGUUUGAGAUCAGGUUUGACGUCAAGUUUGAGAUCAGGUUUGACGUCAAGUUUGAGGUCAGGUUUGACGUCAAGUUUGAGAUCAGGUUUGACGUCAAGUUUGAGGUCAGGUUUGACGUCAAGUUUGAGAUCAGGUUUGACGUCAAGUUUGAGAUCAGGUUUGACGUCAAGUUUGAGGUCAGGUUUGACGUCAAGUUUGAGAUCCGGUUUGACGUCAAGUUUGAGGUCAGGUUUGACGUCAAGUUUGAGAUCAGGUUUGACGUCAAGUUUGAGGUCAGGUUUGACGUCAAGUUUGAGAUCAGGUUUGACGUCAAGUUUGAGAUCAGGUUUGACGUCAAGUUUGAGGUCAGGUUUGACGUCAAGUUUGAGGUCAGGUUUGACGUCAAGUUUGAGAUCAGGUUUGACGUCAAGUUUGAGAUCAGGUUUGACGUCAAGUUUGAGAUCCGGUUUGACGUCAAGUUUGAGAUCAGGUUUGACGUUAAGUUUGAGGUCAGGUUUGAUGUCAAGUUUGAGAUCAGGUUUGACGUCAAGUUUGAGAUCAGGUUUGACGUCAGGUUUGAGGUCAGGUUUGACGUCAAGUUUGAGGUCAGGUUUGACGUCAAGUUUGAGGUCAGGUUUGACGUCAAGUUUGAGAUCAGGUUUGACGUCAAGUUUGAGAUCAGGUUUGACGUCAAGUUUGAGGUCAGGUUUGACGUCAAGUUUGAGGUCAGGCUUGACGUCAAGUUUGAGGUCAGGUUUGACGUCAAGUUUGAGAUCAGGUUUGACGUCAAGUUUGAGAUCAGGUUUGACGUCAAGUUUGAGAUCAGGUUUGACGUCAAGUUUGAGGUCAGGUUUGACGUCAAGUUUGAGAUCCGGUUUGACGUCAAGUUUGAGAUCCGGUUUGACGUCAAGUUUGAGGUCAGGUUUGACGUCAAGUUUGAGAUCCGGUUUGACGUCAAGUUUGAGGUCAGGUUUGACGUCAAGUUUGAGAUCCGGUUUGACGUCAAGUUUGAGGUCAGGUUUGACGUCAAGUUUGAGAUCCGGUUUUACGUCAAGUUUGAGAUCCGGUUCGAUGUCAAGUUUGAGGUCAGGUUUGACGUCAAGUUUCAGGUCAGGUUUGACGUCAAGUUUGAGAUCAGGUUUGACGUCAAGUUUGAGAUCCGGUUUGACGUCAAGUUUGAGGUCAGGUUUGACGUCAAGUUUGAGAUCCGGUUUGACGUCAAGUUUGAGGUCAGGUUUGACGUCAAGUUUGAGGUCAGGUUUGACGUCAAGUUUGAGAUCCGGUUUGACGUCAAGUUUGAGGUCAGGUUUGACGUCAAGUUUGAGAUCAGGUUUGACGUCAAGUUUGAGGUCAGGUUUGACGUCAAGUUUGAGAUCAGGUUUGACGUCAAGUUUGAGAUCAGGUUUGACGUCAAGUUUGAGGUCAGGUUUGACGUCAAGUUUGAGGUCAGGUUUGACGUCAAGUUUGAGAUCAGGUUUGACGUCAAGUUUGAGAUCAGGUUUGACGUCAAGUUUGAGAUCCGGUUUGACGUCAAGUUUGAGAUCAGGUUUGACGUCAAGUUUGAGGUCAGGUUUGAUGUCAAGUUUGAGAUCAGGUUUGACGUCAAGUUUGAGAUCAGGUUUGACGUCAGGUUUGAGGUCAGGUUUGACGUCAAGUUUGAGGUCAGGUUUGACGUCAAGUUUGAGGUCAGGUUUGACGUCAAGUUUGAGAUCAGGUUUGACGUCAAGUUUGAGAUCAGGUUUGACGUCAAGUUUGAGAUCAGGUUUGACGUCAAGUUUGAGGUCAGGUUUGACGUCAAGUUUGAGAUCCGGUUUGACGUCAAGUUUGAGAUCCGGUUUGACGUCAAGUUUGAGAUCCGGUUUGACGUCAAGUUUGAGGUCAGGUUUGACGUCAAGUUUGAGGUCAGGUUUGACGUCAAGUUUGAGAUCCGGUUUGACGUCAAGUUUGAGGUCAGGUUUGACGUCAAGUUUGAGAUCAGGUUUGACGUCAAGUUUGAGGUCAGGUUUGACGUCAAGUUUGAGAUCAGGUUUGACGUCAAGUUUGAGAUCAGGUUUGACGUCAAGUUUGAGGUCAGGUUUGACGUCAAGUUUGAGGUCAGGUUUGACGUCAAGUUUGAGAUCAGGUUUGACGUCAAGUUUGAGAUCAGGUUUGACGUCAAGUUUGAGAUCCGGUUUGACGUCAAGUUUGAGAUCAGGUUUGACGUCAAGUUUGAGGUCAGGUUUGAUGUCAAGUUUGAGAUCAGGUUUGACGUCAAGUUUGAGAUCAGGUUUGACGUCAGGUUUGAGGUCAGGUUUGACGUCAAGUUUGAGGUCAGGUUUGACGUCAAGUUUGAGGUCAGGUUUGACGUCAAGUUUGAGGUCAGGUUUGACGUCAAGUUUGAGGUCAGGUUUGACGUCAAGUUUGAGGUCAGGUUUGACGUCAAGUUUGAGAUCCGGUUUGACGUCAAGUUUGAGAUCCGGUUUGACGUCAAGUUUGAGAUCCGGUUUGACGUCAAGUUUGAGGUCAGGUUUGACGUCAAGUUUGAGGUCAGGUUUGACGUCAAGUUUGAGAUCCGGUUUGACGUCAAGUUUGAGGUCAGGUUUGACGUCAAGUUUGAGAUCAGGUUUGACGUCAAGUUUGAGGUCAGGUUUGACGUCAAGUUUGAGAUCAGGUUUGACGUCAAGUUUGAGAUCAGGUUUGACGUCAAGUUUGAGGUCAGGUUUGACGUCAAGUUUGAGGUCAGGUUUGACGUCAAGUUUGAGAUCAGGUUUGACGUCAAGUUUGAGAUCAGGUUUGACGUCAAGUUUGAGAUCCGGUUUGACGUCAAGUUUGAGAUCAGGUUUGACGUCAAGUUUGAGGUCAGGUUUGAUGUCAAGUUUGAGAUCAGGUUUGACGUCAAGUUUGAGAUCAGGUUUGACGUCAGGUUUGAGGUCAGGUUUGACGUCAAGUUUGAGGUCAGGUUUGACGUCAAGUUUGAGGUCAGGUUUGACGUCAAGUUUGAGAUCAGGUUUGACGUCAAGUUUGAGAUCAGGUUUGACGUCAAGUUUGAGAUCAGGUUUGACGUCAAGUUUGAGGUCAGGUUUGACGUCAAGUUUGAGAUCCGGUUUGACGUCAAGUUUGAGAUCCGGUUUGACGUCAAGUUUGAGAUCCGGUUUGACGUCAAGUUUGAGGUCAGGUUUGACGUCAAGUUUGAGGUCAGGUUUGACGUCAAGUUUGAGAUCCGGUUUGACGUCAAGUUUGAGGUCAGGUUUGACGUCAAGUUUGAGAUCAGGUUUGACGUCAAGUUUGAGGUCAGGUUUGACGUCAAGUUUGAGAUCAGGUUUGACGUCAAGUUUGAGAUCAGGUUUGACGUCAAGUUUGAGGUCAGGUUUGACGUCAAGUUUGAGGUCAGGUUUGACGUCAAGUUUGAGAUCAGGUUUGACGUCAAGUUUGAGAUCAGGUUUGACGUCAAGUUUGAGAUCCGGUUUGACGUCAAGUUUGAGAUCAGGUUUGACGUCAAGUUUGAGGUCAGGUUUGAUGUCAAGUUUGAGAUCAGGUUUGACGUCAAGUUUGAGAUCAGGUUUGACGUCAGGUUUGAGGUCAGGUUUGACGUCAAGUUUGAGGUCAGGUUUGACGUCAAGUUUGAGGUCAGGUUUGACGUCAAGUUUGAGAUCAGGUUUGACGUCAAGUUUGAGAUCAGGUUUGACGUCAAGUUUGAGAUCAGGUUUGACGUCAAGUUUGAGGUCAGGUUUGACGUCAAGUUUGAGAUCCGGUUUGACGUCAAGUUUGAGAUCCGGUUUGACGUCAAGUUUGAGGUCAGGUUUGACGUCAAGUUUGAGGUCAGGUUUGACGUCAAGUUUGAGAUCAGGUUUGACGUCAAGUUUGAGAUCAGGUUUGACGUCAAGUUUGAGAUCCGGUUUGACGUCAAGUUUGAGAUCAGGUUUGACGUCAAGUUUGAGGUCAGGUUUGAUGUCAAGUUUGAGAUCAGGUUUGACGUCAAGUUUGAGAUCAGGUUUGACGUCAGGUUUGAGGUCAGGUUUGACGUCAAGUUUGAGGUCAGGUUUGACGUCAAGUUUGAGGUCAGGUUUGACGUCAAGUUUGAGAUCAGGUUUGACGUCAAGUUUGAGAUCAGGUUUGACGUCAAGUUUGAGAUCAGGUUUGACGUCAAGUUUGAGGUCAGGUUUGACGUCAAGUUUGAGAUCCGGUUUGACGUCAAGUUUGAGAUCCGGUUUGACGUCAAGUUUGAGGUCAGGUUUGACGUCAAGUUUGAGGUCAGGUUUGACGUCAAGUUUGAGAUCCGGUUUGACGUCAAGUUUGAGGUCAGGUUUGACGUCAAGUUUGAGAUCAGGUUUGACGUCAAGUUUGAGGUCAGGUUUGACGUCAAGUUUGAGAUCAGGUUUGACGUCAAGUUUGAGAUCAGGUUUGACGUCAAGUUUGAGGUCAGGUUUGACGUCAAGUUUGAGGUCAGGUUUGACGUCAAGUUUGAGAUCAGGUUUGACGUCAAGUUUGAGAUCAGGUUUGACGUCAAGUUUGAGAUCCGGUUUGACGUCAAGUUUGAGAUCAGGUUUGACGUCAAGUUUGAGGUCAGGUUUGAUGUCAAGUUUGAGAUCAGGUUUGACGUCAAGUUUGAGAUCAGGUUUGACGUCAGGUUUGAGGUCAGGUUUGACGUCAAGUUUGAGGUCAGGUUUGACGUCAAGUUUGAGGUCAGGUUUGACGUCAAGUUUGAGAUCAGGUUUGACGUCAAGUUUGAGAUCAGGUUUGACGUCAAGUUUGAGAUCAGGUUUGACGUCAAGUUUGAGGUCAGGUUUGACGUCAAGUUUGAGAUCCGGUUUGACGUCAAGUUUGAGAUCCGGUUUGACGUCAAGUUUGAGGUCAGGUUUGACGUCAAGUUUGAGAUCCGGUUUGACGUCAAGUUUGAGGUCAGGUUUGACGUCAAGUUUGAGAUCCGGUUUGACGUCAAGUUUGAGGUCAGGUUUGACGUCAAGUUUGAGAUCCGGUUUGACGUCAAGUUUGAGAUCAGGUUUGACGUCAAGUUUGAGAUCCGGUUUGACGUCAAGUUUGAGAUCAGGUUUGACGUCAAGUUUGAGGUCAGGUUUGACGUCAAGUUUGAGAUCCGGUUUUACGUCAAGUUUGAGAUCCGGUUUGACGUCAAGUUUGAGAUCAGGUUUGACGUCAAGUUUGAGGUCAGGUUUGACGUCAAGUUUGAGGUCAGGUUUGACGUCAAGUUUGAGAUUCGGUUUGACGUCACGUUUGAGAUCCGGUUUGACGUCACGUUUGAGGUCAGGUUUGACGUCAAGUUUGAGAUCCGGUUUGACGUCAAGUUUGAGGUCAGGUUUGACGUCAAGUUUGAGGUCAGGUUUGACGUCAAGUUUGAGGUCAGGUUUGACGUCAAGUUUGAGGUCAGGUUUGACGUCAAGUUUGAGAUCCGGUUUGACGUCAAGUUUGAGAUCCGGUUUGACGUCAAGUUUGAGAUCCGGUUUGACGUCAAGUUUGAGGUCAGGUUUGACGUCAAGUUUGAGAUCCGGUUUGACGUCAAGUUUGAGGUCAGGUUUGACGUCAAGUUUGAGAUCCGGUUUGACGUCAAGUUUGAGGUCAGGUUUGACGUCAAGUUUGAGAUCCGGUUUGACGUCAAGUUUGAGAUCAGGUUUGACGUCAAGUUUGAGAUCAGGUUUGACGUCAAGUUUGAGAUCAGGUUUGACGUCAAGUUUGAGGUCAGGUUUGACGUCAAGUUUGAGGUCAGGUUUGACGUCAAGUUUGAGAUCAGGUUUGACGUCAAGUUUGAGGUCAGGUUUGACGUCAAGUUUGAGGUCAGGUUUGACGUCAAGUUUGAGAUCAGGUUUGACGUCAAGUUUGAGAUCAGGUUUGACGUCAAGUUUGAGGUCAGGUUUGACGUCAAGUUUGAGGUCAGGCUUGACGUCAAGUUUGAGGUCAGGUUUGACGUCAAGUUUGAGAUCCGGUUUGACGUCAAGUUUGAGGUCAGGUUUGACGUCAAGUUUGAGAUCCGGUUUGACGUCAAGUUUGAGAUCAGGUUUGACGUCAAGUUUGAGAUCCGGUUUGACGUCAAGUUUGAGAUCAGGUUUGACGUCAAGUUUGAGAUCCGGUUUGACGUCAAGUUUGAGGUCAGGUUUGACGUCAAGUUUGAGAUCCGGUUUGACGUCAAGUUUGAGAUCCGGUUUUACGUCAAGUUUGAGAUCCGGUUUGACAUCAAGUUUGAGAUCAGGUUUGACGUCAAGUUUGAGGUCAGGUUUGACGUCAAGUUUGAGAUUCGGUUUGACGUCAAGUUUGAGAUCCGGUUUGACGUCACGUUUGAGGUCAGGUUUGACGUCAAGUUUGAGAUCCGGUUUGACGUCAAGUUUGAGGUCAGGUUUGACGUCAAGUUUGAGGUCAGGUUUGACGUCAAGUUUGAGGUCAGGUUUGACGUCAAGUUUGAGGUCAGGUUUGACGUCAAGUUUGAGAUCCGGUUUGACGUCAAGUUUGAGAUCCGGUUUGACGUCAAGUUUGAGGUCAGGUUUGACGUCAAGUUUGAGAUCCGGUUUUACGUCAAGUUUGAGAUCCGGUUUGACGUCAAGUUUGAGGUCAGGUUUGACGUCAAGUUUGAGAUUCGGUUUGACGUCAAGUUUGAGAUCCGGUUUGACGUCAAGUUUGAGGUCAGGUUUGACGUCAAGUUUGAGAUCAGGUUUGACGUCAAGUUUGAGGUCAGGUUUGACGUCAAGUUUGAGAUCAGGUUUGACGUCAAGUUUGAGAUCAGGUUUGACGUCAAGUUUGAGGUCAGGUUUGACGUCAAGUUUGAGGUCAGGUUUGACUUCAAGUUUGAGAUCAGGUUUGACGUCAAGUUUGAGAUCAGGUUUGACGUCAAGUUUGAGAUCCGGUUUGACGUCAAGUUUGAGAUCAGGUUUGACGUCAAGUUUGAGGUCAGGUUUGACGUCAAGUUUGAGAUCAGGUUUGACGUCAAGUUUGAGAUCAGGUUUGACGUCAAGUUUGAGGUCAGGUUUGACGUCAAGUUUGAGGUCAGGUUUGACGUCAAGUUUGAGGUCAGGUUUGACGUCAAGUUUGAGAUCAGGUUUGACGUCAAGUUUGAGAUCAGGUUUGACGUCAAGUUUGAGGUCAGGUUUGACGUCAAGUUUGAGGUCAGGCUUGACGUCAAGUUUGAGGUCAGGUUUGACGUCAAGUUUGAGAUCAGGUUUGACGUCAAGUUUGAGAUCAGGUUUGACGUCAAGUUUGAGAUCAGGUUUGACGUCAAGUUUGAGGUCAGGUUUGACGUCAAGUUUGAGAUCCGGUUUGACGUCAAGUUUGAGAUCCGGUUUGACGUCAAGUUUGAGUUUGAGAUCCGGUUUGACGUCAAGUUUGAGAUCAGGUUUAACGUCAAGUUUGAGAUCCGGUUUGACGUCAAGUUUGAGGUCAGGUUUGACGUCAAGUUUGAGGUCAGGUUUGACGUCAAGUUUGAGGUCAGGUUUGACGUCAAGUUUGAGAUCAGGUUUGACGUCUUGUUUGAGGUCCGGUUUGACGUCAAGUUUGAGAUUCGGUUUGACGUCAAGUUUGAGGUCAAGUUUGACGUCAAGUUUGAGGUCAGGUUUGACGUCAAGUUUGAGAUCCGGUUUGACGUCAAGUUUGAGGUCAGGUUUGACGUCAAGUUUGAGAUCCGGUUUGACGUCAAGUUUGAGGUCAGGUUUGACGUCAAGUUUGAGAUCCGGCUUGACGUCCAGUUUGAGGUCAGGUUUGACGUCAAGUUUGAGAUCAGGUUUGACGUCAAGUUUGAGAUCAGGUUUGACGUCAAGUUUGAGAUCAGGUUUGACGUCAAGUUUGAGAUCAGGUUUGACGUCAAGUUUGAGGUCAGGUUUGACGUCAAGUUUGAGAUGAGGUUUGACGUCAAGUUUGAGGUCAGGUUUGACGUCAAGUUUGAGGUCAGGUUUGACGUCAAGUUUGAGAUCAGGUUUGACGUCAAGUUUGAGGUCAGGUUUGACGUCAAGUUUGAGAUCCGGUUUGACGUCAAGUUUGAGGUCAGGUUUGACGUCAAGUUUGAGGUCAGGUUUGACGUCAAGUUUGAGAUCAGGUUUGACGUCAAGUUUGAGAUCAGGGUUGACGUCAAGUUUGAGGUCAGGUUUGACGUCAAGUUUGAGAUGCGGUUUGACGUCAAGUUUGAGAUACGAUUUGACGUCAAGUUUGAGAUCCGGUUUGACGUCAAGUUUGAGAUACGGUUUGACGUCAAGUUUGAGGUCAGGUUUGACGUCAAGUUUGAGAUCCGGUUUGACGUCAAGUUUGAGGUCAGGUUUGACGUCAAGUUUGAGAUCAGGCUUGACGUCAAGUUUGAGGUCAGGUUUGACGUCAAGUUUGAGAUGAGGUUUGACGUCAAGUUUGAGAUCAGGUUUGAUGUCAAGUUUGAGAUCCGUGACUUACCCUUUUCAUGCUCACAUGACAUCCUGCCUGUGCCGCCUGGGUUCGCCACCUCCUCCACCCACGCCUUCCCCGUUCUUCCCCAUGCUCCCCCAAUGUGCCCCGCAUGCUCCCCGCAUGCGCCCCCCAUGUUCCACCCAUGCUCCCCUCCCCCCAUCCUCCCCCCAUCCUCCCCCCAUCCUCCCCCCAUCCUCCCCCCAUCCUCCCCCCAUCCUCCCCCCAUCCUCCCCCCAUCCUCCCCCCAUCCUCCCCCCAUCCUCCCCCCAGCACGCUGGAGGCGUACAUACGCCUCACGUCCCUCAUGCAGCUCGUGGGCCGCCACAGUUGCGGGCCGUUCAUCAGCCUCUACUGCUCUGCAGGCGUACAUCCGCCUCACAUCCCUCAUGCAGCUCGUGGGCCGCCACAGGGAGGUGAUAACCACGGCAAGGAGGGGUUUGAAGCUGAACCCCGACGACAUAGAGCUCAACUACCUGGAAGCUUCCGCGCACCAUGCACUGGGUGACUUUGAGGCAGCAGUAAGCUCCAAUCUGCCUGCCCUCUCAGUUGCUUCCCUCUUCUCCUCGGUCUCUUAUACGCGCAUCCUCGGUCUCUCACCCACAGACAGCAACACCGGCACUCUCCAGGGCAUGGCGUUCUACCAGCCCGCCAGCACAAAGCUGGACCUGCCCGUUCCACUCAUGCUGUCACUCACAACGGCUCUUCCUUCGCUGAGCGGGUGGGUGGAGGGUGGGCGGAGUGAGGAGAUCGCAGCGUACACGGUAUCCAAGCUGGACCUACCAUUUUCUCAGUUCCGCCUCGACUACGAGCUCAACAAUGAACUCAAGGAAGCAUGGGUGCGAAAGCAGUCGCCCCUCUCCAUCCUUCCCGCCUACCGCCCCCUCCCCAUCCGCCUUGUUCGCAACCCCCCUCGCAUCCGCUUCUCCCCCCAAGUGCGCGCUCUCAUUGCCAAGGCGGACGAAAUCGGGCGGCGCACGCAGUACUUUGUGGAUGGCUUCAUGCCGCACAAAAGACAACACCGCAUGGCGGGGCUUGCCGCCCUGGAUCUGAUGCAGAGG